AUGGCAGGCAAUUGCACUACACUGCUGCUCCUCGGAUACUUCGAUAUAGCUGACCUUCAGAACCCUGAAUCUGGAUUGCCAGGGUGUCGCUUGCCAAAGAUAGACAGUUUAAGCCGGAGAUUGAGCUCAUAUGGAAGAGACUGGAGCUCCACCGAUUCGGGUGGUGUGCGGAGGUGGCCAUUCCCGUAUUCUAAAGCCACAGCAGACUCCCAACGCAAGUCUAAGCAACUCUGCUUCCCCAAGAGUUACGCAUAGUCUUUAGAUUGCAUGUUUAUUUUCUUUUUUACUAUUUUGUUUUACAAACAAGUGCGUAUAUUGUAUGCCUCAUUAUAACAAAACGAAGAGAAUCUGCCAAAUGUUCGAGAACAGAUCGGUAGUACCAUUUGAAAAUCUGAGACAAGGAGCCCAUCUCACACCUUCAGACUUAUUUGGGUAUCUACAACUCAAAGAUUACGUGAAACGCCUACACAUACAAAAAGCAGCAAUGUGAUCAUUGCCUGGGAGGCUCCACCGACUUCAAUUCACCACCAACUGGUCAGGUGAGGGGUUGAGUCUGCACCAGUGACUGCUGCAACCUUGAAGGAAAUGCUACCUCACACACGGUGCAAGAUGUGCACAGCGCAGCUGCGAUGCUUGAAACACUGUGUCUCUUGUGGGACUCGCUGCAAACCGGUGGACCGGGGGAGUUCCUAAGACCGCACACAGAUGGAAUCCAGCGACAGUUAUUCCAUUCGUAAAUGUUGUUUACUAUAGCAAUAGCGCACCAAGCGUAACCAGAAGCAGACACUGUAGUUACUUGCUUUAUCUCCCCUGCCUCUAUUCCAAUGGUCACUUCUGUAGCCGAGCACACUGCGGCUCAGAGGAGUAAAAACAACCUCGACAGUUAUCUGUUGGCUAUGGCCACUUAAUUAUAUAUCUAUAUUCAUUUGCUGGGUCUAGCUUACUUUCAUAUAUUAUCUUUCAGAGGAAGACCUUGCUUUAUUAUUAUUGCUUGCUUUUCCAACUUUCAUCAACCUUUCCUGACAAAUAGUUUUUAAUGCAUAUCCUAUGCCAGGGAUAGGCACCCUUCGGCACUCCAGAUGUUGUGGACUACAUCCCCCAUAAUGCUCUUACACCCAUAAUGCUGGCAAAGCAUCAUGGGAGGGGUAGUACAAAACAUCUGCAGUGCCGAAGGUUGCCUAUGCCUGUCCUAUGCCAUGUUUUCUUCUGUCUAUGCAUUAGUGCUGCAAUCUCAAUGCCAUACUUAUGUGAUAUUAUAUUGAUGUUACUGCCUGCCUUUGCUACCUUGUUAAAGUAUGCACAACAAAAAGAAUAUGAAAUAAUUUUUUUUUUUUAAAAACAAGCAUGCAGAUACAACCUUCGAAGCAAAGAGGUACAGAACUAUUUUGGAGAGUUUAUCCAGCAGUGGGAGCCUGAUAGCACCAUAACCAAUGAUUCACCAUGUAGUAGCUAUGUUGCUUAACCCCUUAAGGACACAUGACAUGUGUGACAUGUCAUGCAUCCCUUUUAUUCCAGAAGUUUGGUCCUUAAGGGGUUAAACUGGCUCUUUCAAAUCUUCUGUUUCAAGUAAUAAUGUGAAGAUAUACCCACACCACAUUGUCUAUAACCCACCGUUUUGUAAAAGUACCCCCAAUAUCGGUGUAGUUUGCAUAAAUUUAAGUCUUCACAUCAGGUCCACCAUUAAGAAAUGUUCUUGAUGUUCCAGCCAUUUUUGUUCUUUAGUUAACUGCUCCUAAUGUUCAAAAUAUGACUUGAUUUAAUUUUGUCAUUUUUCUGGUCGAAUUACUAGCAUGUAUAGUUGUAAGGACAGUGUGAGCUAUAUGCCUUCAAUGUUUGCAUUGCAAAUUGUCAGAGGGCAAUGAGAUCUUCUCACAUAUGUGCAAAAUAGGACCAGUUCCUUCAUUUAUUGUUUAUCAGGGCAGAGAUUUUACUGAGCAGAGAACCUCAGAGGACUUUUCAGUAAACUAAAUACGAAUUGCAUUAUUUAGGACAUGAUUAUCGUUGGGAUGGAGAAUUUCUCGAAAUCAGCUAUGCUGGAUUCAAGUCUUCAAUUCACUUUUGAUACCCUAACAUUCUGAGUUUUGUGCGGAUUGUGAGCAACACACUAGCAGUAUUGAAGCAGCUGAUUUGUAGAAACGAUAUAACUACGUAGAGUUUAUAACAGAAUUGGAAGCACUUUGUAUACACAGUUUUAUAUUUAAAAACAAUAACAAAUAUAGUGAAUAAAUCCCUAAAUUAAUAGGUGCUACCAUCACCUUUGUGGGCCACACAAACCACAGCAAAGUGAAUAAUAGAAAAUAACAAAUAUGUGAGAGCACACAAAAUAAGGAAAUACUACCCACACUGUAGUCAAUUAAUCUGGAAAAAAACAAAUAAAAAAGACAUAGAGUAGUACAGCCUGAUACAAUAUAUUUACAAUAGGUGCCAAUCACACUCACAUAGACAGAGCCACUUAAAUAGCUGGCUCAGACUGGAUGCCUUGAAUAUAAAAAGCAGGACUUCCACUGGGAACUUCUUUCUCCUUUAAAUGUAAAACCUCCAGGACGCAGAAUUACCAGGGGUAAAAACACUUUAUUCUUCAAACUCUGAAGUAAAUAAAAACAAAGGUAAAUAAAAGUCCCAAAAAACAAGUCCAAUCACUUGACGCGUUUCGGCUGUUUUCCUUCAUCCGGAGUGAUGUCGAUAUCCAAGGCAUCUCGAUUUAAAUAAUUAAAUUUGGCGCCCUUUUCCUCCUCCAUUAAGAUUGCACCCUUCUGUUUCCGGUUCUGACGUCGGAACGCCUUCUGCGUCAUCACGUUCCGACGUCAAACGUCAUUUCCGGUUCCGGUCACAGUUUUAUAUUUAUUUCUUUUGUAAAUAAGCAUGUUCAGAUUUCUAACAGAUCACACUUUAGUGAACAAUUCGCCAAGUGUUUUAAGUUGUAACCCAAAAUAUCUAAUAAUAAAAUAAUGUUAACAUAAAUGAUAGUGUAAUUUUAUGAUAUCAUUAUCCCCAGUGGUGUAUCCUGGUUUUGUGCUGCCCUAGGCAGGUCUGCCGCACUUUCCUCUGAGAGGUCAACGCCGUCCGCCCAGCCCAGCAUGUUAGUUAGCCGCAAGGCUAACAAGGCAUUUGUCCUGGGCAUUUGGGGGGCAGCUUUUUUUGCCGCCCCCUGGAAAAUGCCGCCCAAGGCAAAUGCCUUGUUUGCCUCGCGGCUAAAACACCACUGAUUAUCCCCGCUGCAUAUGCUGAUCAUAGAAUGUGAGGCACUGGGAAUGACCAGCAUACACAGUACAAGAAAACUUUAGGUAACAGAAUUUUUUAAUCCAUUUACUAGAAUUUUCUAUAUGUUUUAUUGACUACCUGAAAAGGGAUUUUGUCAGACAGUGUGAGAGCAUAAGGAACCCACCCCUGAUUUACUACGAAAAUGUAGAUCAGGGGUGUCCAAAAGGUAAAUCCCCAGAUGUUUUAGAACUACAGCAUCCAUUAUGCUUUGCCAUUCUAAAGGCAUGCAAAGCAUCAUGGGAGGUGUAGUUCUACAACAUCUGAGGAUCUAUCUUUUGGGCACCCCUGAUGUAGAUGAUCACCUGUGACAGUUAUCCCAGGAAUUUGCUGGCUGGAUGACAGGUGUUUAAAUGGGGUGUCCUGCUACUGUAUAACAGGUGCAAGUUAAAGGUUUACUCCAACCAAAACACAGUUCCUUCAUAAAACACAGUUUUUGGUGAACAAACAAACAACUUUAGCUUAAUGAAGCAGUUUUUGUAUACAGACCAUGUCCCUGCAGUGUCACUGCUCUGUUCUCUGCCAUUUAGGAGUGUCACCAUUGGCUAUGCAUUCUGACCAGUGGUGUAUCUUAACAGACACACACUCACUCACUAACAGACACACACACUCACACACACUAACGGACACACACUAACAGGCAAACACUCACACACUCACUAACAGACACACUCACUCACUAACAGACACACUCACACUCACUAACAGACACACACUCCCUUUUUUUUUUUUAUUUAACCCCCACAGCCUCCUUACCUUUUGGAAUGCUGGGGGGGGGGGGAGUUCUCCCAUUCCCUGGAGUCUAGUGGGGCUGCUGGGCGGUCGGUAGGGCUGCGCUGGCGAGGGAGCACUUUCCCCUGAGAGGUCUGCUCAGCUCCCUCGCGCGCCGCAGAGUGAUGCCAGGAUCCCAGCAUCACUCUGCGGCGCGCAAGGGAGUUGAGCAGAGCGCUCAGGGGAAAGUGCUCCCUCGCCAGCGCCGCCCGCCUGGCUUGUCAGUAAGGCACAAGGCUAACAAGACAUUUGCCCUGGGCAUUUGGGGGCGGCUUUUUUUGCCGCCCAAGGCAAAAUGCCUUGUUUGCCUCGCGGCUAAAACGUCCCUGAUUCUGACAACAGAUGCCAAAUAUGCACAGAGUUGCUUUUAGCCAGUACAACCUCUUGUUUUGGGCUGGUAAUGAUGCUGCCAGUGGUGGAGAUACAUUUCCGAAAAGCUAAGUGCUUUAACUCUGUAUGAGCAUUUCAAACUGAAAUAAUGUACAUACAGACUCCAAGCACCACAACCACUUUAAAUCACUGAGGUUGUCAUAGUGCUUUGAAUAACCCUUUUAAGCUCAAUGUGGUGAAAAUGUGUCCCUCCCCAUAUAGCUAACCCCUUCCCGGGGAAUAAGGGGUUAAUACCCUUUCUUUCAUUUACCCGAUUCCACUAAACUCCUCCAGCGAUGUUUUGCCGAUGUGGGGACCUUAUGUACACGCGCAGUCAAUGCCGCGCAUUAGUGCUUCAAUCCUUUCCUAUGGGGAUUUUGAAGACGCUGGACGUCCUCAUGCAGUCAUGCAAAAGGUGAGGAUGUCAAAAGUCGUGUCAUGGAGUUAAACUCCGUGAAAAUCCAGGAAGGGCCUCUAGCGGCUGUCUGGUAAUGAGGCGUGUCUGCAUUGUAAUCAUGUCAGUUUCUAUAAACGUGUUUUGCAUUGCUGGGUAAAGGGUAACAGGGACACAAUGAUGAAGUGGUCUGGGUGCCUAUAGUGUCCCUUUAACUACUUAAUACUCUGUUACAUGCCAUGCUUGUAAAGAUAUAAUGAAAUUUGUAAUGUCAAGAAUUGGUUAACUAGGGAAUACAUAGAUAUAUUUAAAAAAAAUCCCCUUUCAUACAGGUCACUGCCACAGCCGUACUCUGUAAAGAUGUCUGUCCACUUAAUUAAAUAGGCAAAACGUGUCCUUUUAUUUCCUCGUUUCUUCACAAUUCUGCUCCCAUAAUUCCUUCUAAUUAACCAGGAUCUGUUUCAUAAUUUAUUUGAACGUUGUAGACUAGGACGCCCUUACUCCCCAAUGCUGAUAAUAACCCCCCUUAUUAGAGCAAACUGAAUCUUUUUAACAAAUCUGCAAAUAAAUUAGGUCGAUGCCCCAUGCUAUAAUUAUUUAAUAAACCAGUGUCUUACGGUGCAAUGAACUUUCAGUUUUACAUUUUUUUAUUUGGAUAUGAACUUUAAUAACCCCUGAAAAGUCUCGCAGUAACAAGGUGAAUGUCCUGAAAUAAGACUGUAUUCAGAGAGGCUCUGAUUGCAUCACUGGGUCCAUCCCACUGUAUCGAGUCACCACAUCACCCUAUCUCCUAGCAACACCCACACAUCUCUCCUCAUUGGUAGGAAACACCCACUGUAGCACACCUUCUGUCUGAAUGGACAGCUUCUUCAUUAAGAAAAUGCUCAACGGUAGAAAUGUAACAUUGCUAGACUGAAAAAAACUAAACUUUGUUUUUAUAUAUAUUUAAAUAAAAAUACAUCUUGUUAUUAACAGGAUCAGGUUUAUCCACUAAACAGUGAAUUGAAAAGUUGACGGUAAAUGUUCGCCGAAUACAGCUGCACCAGAAAAAAAUAAAAAUCACUAAUUUAGUUGUUUUUCCAGUUUGACUUCUUUAAGGCUAAUAUUUUAGGGUUUUAUCCACUAAACAGGGAAUGUGGAGGACAGACGUGGGAAUUGCACAAACUACACCAAAGCAAUCGUAUGCAGAAAAAUGUUUCCCAUUGAUUAUUGUAGUCUGAAAUUUGCAAUUUCCUCCACAACUCUCCGCAAAUCCAGAUUUAGGGAAUAAUCGCCUUUGGGUGCAAAUGUGGGUAAGCAAUGCGUGUCUUGCAGUCAGCUAGUUCCUGAAAAGGUUAAUCGUCAUGUAGCAAGUAUAUUCAUUUUUUGUGUAUCUGUAACCCGGAGCGUCAGCUUCUAUUGGAAUUCCUGGUCAUCCGUAUGUAACCUGUGUCGUUACUGAGUACAUCAGCACAUUUGGAGGAAGUCAAGAGGUCCGUAAGAUCACCUAUCAGUACUUAUCUAGAUAAGGUUUAAAAUACUACUUUGGCUGAUACCGUAAAAAAACAACAACUUUAUAUGUAAAGUAUAGAAACUUGGUUUUUGGGUUUCUUAGCUUUGAACAUAUUAAAUGUUCAGUACAGUAUAACAAUGCCGCAUUCAGAGCAGCUAUUAUAUUCUAUUUGCAGGAGGGAAACACAAACACCUUACAAGGAUACAUUGAAUUUAAUGUAACUCUGCGUUAUAUAAUAAACAAUAAUGAUAUCGUUAAGUGUAAGUGAUGAAUUUUAUUGAUUCAGGAGAUAUUCAUUCUAAACGUAACUGUUCUGCAGCGCUGUAGUGGGCACCAAUAUACCAGGCUGUGGGUAGGUAAAUCCCACCCCAAGUUACUCCCGUCUCCUUUGUACCUCAUUGGCUUUAACUGGGAAGGAUAUUAACCCUUCUUAACACAGUGCACACUGUACCUAUAUCGAUAUCGAUACACUGACGUCAUUUCCAGCGCAUGGCGUGUGGAUGGAUUGAUAUCUGCCAUCUCAGUUGCCAUAUCGCUCGGGCAAAGUGCUGUGACUGGCAUGAAGAAGAACAGGAGAACCCCUGGUAGGAGGGAUCUCCAGCUGUCGCCUGCUCAUCAAUUCUCUGCAUACAUACUAUGCCUUUAUAGAGCUAUAAGCCAAAAAAAAUGAUUGACAGGAGAGGGGAAGAACCGCUUUUUAUUUGUUUUUAGUUAUUUUGAGUUAUUUACAGAUUUAUGCAUUUGCUAGUAAUUCUACAUACAGUGUGUGCAGAUUAAAUAUUAUACUAUUUCAUUAAAAUAUAUACCCACGGUGUACCUAUUCCACAUUUUUAUUCUAUAUUGAAUAUAGAUGUCUACAGUAUUUAAAUAUUAAACUUUAUUCCUGCGUUGUUAAAAUGACUAUUUCAGAGACUGAUAACAAAGAUAGCGGAGGUGAACUGUGUUAUCACAACCCAGUAAAACUCAGUACAAAGAGCAGAGUAGAAUGUAGGACAGUCUGAAGCCGCACGAUAGGUGUUACACAGAGUAGAUAGGUACACAGACAGACGAUAGGUGUUACACAGAUUAGAUAGGUACACAGACAGACGAUAGGUGUUAUACAGACUAGAUAGGUACACAGACAGACGAUAGGUGUUACACAGACUAGAUAGGUACAUAGACAGACGAUAGGUGUUACACAGAAUAGAUAGGUACACAGACAGACGAUAGGUGUUACACAGAAUAGAUAGGUACACAGACAGACGAUAGAUGUUACACACACUAGAUAGGUACACAGACAGACGAUAGGUGUUACACAGAAUAGAUAGGUACACAGACGGACGAUAGGUGUUACACAGACUAGAUAGGUACACAGACGGAUGAUAGGUGUUACACAGACUAGAUAGGUACACAGACGGACGAUAGGUGUUACACAGACUAGAUAGGUACACAGACGGACGAUAGGUGUUACACAGAAUAGAUAGGUACACAGACAGACGAUAGGUGUUACACAGAAUAGAUAGGUACACAGACAGACGAUAGAUGUUACACACACUAGAUAGGUACACAGACAGAUGAUAGGUGUUACACAGAAUAGAUAGGUACACAGACAGACGAUAGGUGUUACACAGAAUAGAUAGGUACACAGACGGACGAUAGGUGUUACACAGAAUAGAUAGGUACACAGACGGACGAUAGGUGUUACACAGAAUAGAUAGGUACACAGACGGACGAUAGGUGUUACACAGAAUAGAUAGGUACACAGACGGACGAUAGGUGUUACACAGACUAGAUGGGUACACAGACGGACGAUAGGUGUUACACAGAAUAGAUAGGUACACAGACGGACGAUAGGUGUUACACAGAAUAGAUAGGUACACAGACAGACGAUAGAUGUUACACACACUAGAUAGAUACACAGGCAGAUGAUAGGUGUUACACAGAAUAGAUAGGUACACAGACAGACGAUAGGUGUUACACAGAAUAGAUAGGUACACAGACAGACGAUAGGUGUUACACAGAAUAGAUAGGUACACAGACGGACGAUAGGUGUUACACAGAAUAGAUAGGUACACAGACGGACGAUAGGUGUUACACAGACUAGAUAGGUACACAGACGGACGAUAGGUGUUACACAGACUAGAUAGGUACACAGAUGGACGAUAGGUGUUACACAGACUAGAUAGGUACACAGACGGACGAUAGGUGUUACACAGACUAGAUAGGUACACAGACAGACGAUAGGUGUUACACAGACUAGAUAGGUACACAGACAGACGAUAGGUGUUACACAGACUAGAUAGGUACACAGACAGACGAUAGGUGUUACACAGACUAGAUAGGUACACAGACAGACGAUAGGUGUUACACAGACUAGAUAGGUACACAGACUAGAUAGGUACACAGACUAAAUAGAAAGCAGACAGGUUUAUAUUCUGCUUUGCUUAAUAAAAACUGUAAAACUGGCCAUAAAAGGCUGGGAGAAUAUAAGGUGUAAUUUACAUAAAUAGUAGUGAAUGGCUUGAAUAACCUUCCAGUGAAAGUAGUAAAAAAAUAAAAUGGGAGAAUAAUAUAUAUAUAUAAAGGGUAGUAUAUACUUGCGCUAGUCUCCCAUUGGAAACAGUACCAGUGAUUUGUAUUGGUUUGUAGAAACCUGGAAUACAUUUUAGUGGGAGCAGUAAAGGCUAACAAUGAUAUAGAAAGGGUAGUAGAUACCUGGAAUAGCCUUCCAGUGGGAGCAGUAACAGUGAUAUAGAAAGGGUAGUAGAUACCUGGAAUAGCCUUCCAGUGGGAGUGGUAACAGUGAUAUAGAAAGGGUAGUAGAUACCUGGAAUAACCUUCCAGUGGGAGCAGUAACAGUGAUAUAGAAAGGGUAGUAGAUACCUGGAAUAGCCUUCCAGUGGGAGCAGUAACAGUGAUAUAGAAAGGGUAGUAGAUACCUGAAUAGCCUUCCAGCGGGAGCAGUAACAGUGAUAUAGAAAGGGUAGUAGAUACCUGGAAUAGCCUUCCAGUGGGAGCAGUAACAGUGAUACAGAAAGGGUAGUAGAUACCUGGAAUAGCCUUCCAGUGGGAGCAGUAACAGUGAUAUAGAAAGGGUAGUAGAUACAUGGAAUGGUCUUCCAGUGGGAGCAGUAACAGCGAUAUAGAAAGGGUAGUAGAUACCUGGAAUAGCCUUCCAGUGGGAGCAGUAACAGCGAUAUAGAAAGGGUAGUAGAUACCUGGAAUAGCCUUCCAGUGGCAGCAGUAACAGCGAUAUAGAAAGGGUAGUAGAUACCUGGAAAAGCCUUUCAGUGGAAGCAGUAACAGCGAUAUAGAAAGGGUAGUAGAUACCUGGAAUAGCCUUCCAGUGGGAGCAGUAACAGCGAUAUAGAAAGGGUAGUAGAUACCUGGAAUAGCCUUCCAGUGGGAGCAGUAACAGCGAUACAGAAAGGGUAGUAGAUACCUGGAACAGCCUUCCAGUGGGAGCAGUAACAGCGAUAUAGAAAGGGUAGUAGAUACCUGGAAUAGCCUUCCAUUGGGAGCAGUAACAGCGAUAUAGAACGGGUAGUAGAUACCUGGAAUAGCCUUCCAGUGGGAGCAGUAACAGCGAUACAGAAAGGGUAGUAGAUACCUGGAAUAGCCUUCCAGUCAGGGGCGUACCUAGAGCAUUUGGCACCCGGGGCGGAUCCUGUGCUUGUCACCCCCUUGCCCCUCCCAAAAAAAAACCUGUAAAAAAUGUUAAAGGUUUUCUUUCUUUUUUUUACAAUUUGUAAACUUUGCAAAACCGCUGUCAGCCCCUCCUACAAAACCCUUGUCCUGCCCCGCCCCUCCUACAAAACCUUUGUCCUGCCCCUUCUACAAAUCCUGUACUGCCCCAUCUACAAAACCCCCGCAACCCCCUUCCACAAAUCCCCUGCUUAUCCCCCCUUAUGAAGACUCCUGUCCCAAUACAAAACCCCCACCCCUUCUACAAAAUCCCUGCAGCCCCACACACACAUUUACAGGCAGACAGUCACACACUCAGUUACAGACACAGUCACACACUCAGUUACAGACACAGUCACACACUCAGUUACAGACAGACAGUCACACACUCAGUUACAGGCAGACAGUCACACACAGUCACAGGCAGACAGUCACACAUACACAUUUCCUCCGUGCGGCCAGUUUAUCAGCUGUUUGCUUGAGUGAGCUGCACUGGCCGCACGGCAUCCUAACUACCAUGGGACACUGUGCGCCACAGCUCACACAGCCCCCUCCAGCCAGGGCCGGUACAAGGAUUUUUGCCGCCCAAGGCAAAAGUAAAGUUUGCCGCCCCCCAUGUGACAUCACAAUGCCCCAGCCAUAUGAUUUGCCAUGUUAACUAACGCCAGUGCUGCAGUGCCGCCGUGUUUACAUUAAAAGGCCUGCAGGGACAGGCUAUAGACACCAGAACCACUACAUUAAGCUGAAGUGGUUCUGGGAACUAUAGUGUUUCUUUAAGGUGAGGUAAAUUAGAGCUUAGUGCCACGAAUAAUAUACUAGAUUGCCUACUUACAACCAGAUGAGGAUGAUGAUGGGCUCCAGCUGCAGUCUGGCUCCACUGGUCUGGUGUAGAACAGGCUCUCUGGGGGCGGUUUGUAACUAUGGUCACAAAAAUCAAUGUUCUGGGAGAACGGGAAGCAGCUCCAUUUUUUUUGGGGGUCCUUUUUAGCCUCGGGGUGGGUCCCAGGGUCCACGCUGUGUUUCCACCAAGCGGUUUGUUCACAGGGGUGGAGUGUGUAGGGAUGUCCUGAUAUGUGUGUAAGGAAUGCAUUCACGUGAGGUAAUGUGUUUGUAUGUGUAGGACUGCAAGGUGUGUUUCUGUGUAUGUAUGGGAUGCAUUGAGUGUGUGUAAUGAAUGCAUUGUGUGUUUCUGUGUGUGUAAGGGAUGCAUUGUGUGCAACGGUUGCAUUGCUUGUGUGUUUGUGUUUGUGUGUUUCUGUGUGCAAGGGGUGCAUUGUGUGUAUGUGAUGAAUGUCAGUCUCUCCUCCCGCUCCAAUUUCCUUCUCCUCCUCCCAAUUUCUCUUUCUCACCCACCUUCUUUUUCUUUCUCACCCACCCCCCCUUUUCUCUUUCUCACCCACCCCCUUAUUUCUCUCUCACCCCCCCUUAUUUCUCUUUCUCACCCCCUUGUUCUCUUUUAUAUUUUCUCUCUCCUACUUUAUGUUCUCUCUCACUUGCUGUUUCUCUUUCUCACCCCUUAUUUCUCUUUCUCACCCCUUAUUUCUCUUUCUCCCACCCCUUAUUUCUCUUUCUCUUAUUUCUUUUUCUCACCCCUGUUUCUCUUUCUCACCCCUUAUUUCUCUUUCUCACCCCACCUUGUUCUCUUUCUCACCCCCACCUUAUUUCUCUCUCACCCCCUUGUUUCUCUCUCUCACCCCUUAUUUCUCUUUCUCACCCCUUGUUUCUCUUUCUACUUUGUAUUUCUCUCUCACUUUAUACCAUCUCCUCCUUGCUUAUUUCUCUUUCUCACCCCCCUUAUCUCUCUUUCUCACCCCUUGUUUCUCUCUCACCCCUUCUUUCUCUCUCUCACCCCCCCUUCUUUCUCACGCCCCACCCCCUCUCCCCCUUCUUUCUCCCCCUCCCCCCUACCUCCCUGUAGCGUGGCCGAGCCCUGUAUGGUCCGCGGGUACAGGGAGCUUUUGUUUCCUGUACCCGGCCGGACUAACAGGAAGUGCACACUCACUGAGUGUGCACUUCCUGUUAGUCCGGCCGGGUACAGGAGACAGCUGCUCCCUGUACCCGUCGGACCAUGCUGCAGUGAGGGAGCUGACAGGAGCGCUCCCUCCUGUCAGCCUCUCCUUAGGCUGCGCCCGGGCGGUGCGGUCCGCCCUCAUGGACGCACCGCCCGGGCAAAGCUGCAGCCGCCUGAGGCUCUUCACAGAGCGCUCGGGCGGCUGCAGCAUGGGGGGGACCGGGGGGCUGGUCAUGGAUGGCACCCCCCACCCGGCUGGCACCCGGGGCGGACCGCCCCCCCGCCCCCCCCUUAGUACGCCACUGCUUCCAGUGGGAGCAGAAACAGUGAUAUAGAAAGGGUAGUAGAUACCUUGAAUAGCCUUCCAGUGGGAGCAGUAAAGCCUAAUAGUGAUAUAGAAAGGGUAGUAGAUACAUGGAAUAGCCUUCUAGUGGGAGCUAUGGUAUCAUUUCUGUUACUCUCCCAUGAGCAUUUUACAUUGAUGUUUAUCUCUAAUGCCAACUUACCCUGUGAUUAUAAUAACCUCCAACAUUUCAAAUGGAAAGAGAGGGACACUAAUUUAUAAGCAAUAAUAGGGGGAGGGGGGCUAUUCUGAGAAAUUUUAGGUUACUUACUGAUAACAAGUUAUGCAACUAAAAUGUAAUUUCUAACAAGAACAAUGUAUUUUAUUUACACAAACUGAUUUCAAAACACAUUGUAGUUUAAAUACACAUUACUGGGCGUAUUAUUACUGUGGAGCUCUGUUAUACACUCAGACACAUUACUGAAAGUAUUGCUGGGGAGCUCUGUGGUACACUCAGGCACAUUACUGGGAUUAUUAUUGCUGUGGAGCUCUGUGGUACACUCAGGUACAUUACUGGGAGUAUUAUUGCUGUGGAGCUCUGUUAUACACUCAGACACAUUACUGGGAGUAUUAUUGCUGUGGAUCUCUGUUAUACACUCAGACACAUUACUGGGAGUAUUAUUGCUGUGGAUCUCUGUUAUACACUCAGACACAUUACUGAAAGUAUUGCUGGGGAGCUCUGUGGUACACUCAGGCACAUUACUGUGAUUAUUAUUGCUGUGGAGCUCUGUGGUACACUCAGACACAUUACUGGGAGUAUUAUUGUUGUGGAGCUCUGUUAUACACUCAGACACAUUACUGGGAGUAUUAUUGCUGUGGAGCCCUGUGAUACACUCAGACACAUUACUGGGAGUAUUAUUGUUGUGGAGCUCUGUUAUACACUCAGACACAUUACUGGGAGUAUUAUUGCUGUGGAGCUCUGUUAUACACUCAGACACAUUACUGGGAGUAUUAUUGCAGCUGCUGUGGAGCUCUGUUAUACACUCAGACACAUUACUGGGAGUAUUAUUGCUGUGGAGCUCUGUUAUACACUCAGACACAUUACUGGGAGUAUUAUUGCUGUGGAGCUCUGUUAUACGCUCAGACACAUUACUGGGAGUAUUAUUGCUGUGGAGCUCUGUUAUACACUCAGACACAUUACUGGGAGUAUUAUUGCUGUGGAGCACUGUUAUACACUCAGACACAUUACUGGGAGUAUUAUUGCUGUGGAGCUCUGUUAUACACUCAGACACAUUACUGGGAGUAUUAUUGCUGUGGAGCUCUGUUAUACACUCAGACACAUUACUGGAAGUAUUAUUGCUGUGGAGCUCUGUUAUACACUCAGACACAUUACUGGGAGUAUUAUUGCUGUGGAGCUCUGUUAUACACUCAGACACAUUACUGGGAGUAUUAUUGCUGUGGAGCUCUGUUAUACACUCAGACACAUUACUGGGAGUAUUAUUGCUGUGGAGCCCUGUGAUACACUCAGACACAUUACUGGGAGUAUUAUUGCUGUGGAGCUCUGUUAUACACUCGGACACAUUACUGGUAUUAUUAUUGCAGUGGAGCUCUGUUAUACACUCAGACACAUUACUGGGAGUAUUAUUGCUGUGGAGCUCUGUUAUACAUUCAGACACACUAACAAUUUGGAGCUCCUAGAAAAGAGAGACAGAGGGAAAUGGACCGAAAAAAAAGGAUUGUCCUUCCUAAACACUUGUAUCUACAGAGCAUGUCACCUUAACAGACGGCCUACUGGUUGAAGUAUUGAAAGAAUUAAAAAGUGAAUUUUACAUUUUAGUAUGAAAUAGUUGAAGUGAAAACAUAGCUGACUUUAAUGUUUCCAAUUUGGCUCUUUUGGUAUAAAAUUUGAUAUUCCCUUAGAAUUCCUAACAAAUGCCAGCACAUCAGUCAGUGUGUCCCAUAAUAGGCCAUACACCUGCUGGAGGAGUUCCAGUGUGACAAGGAGCCAGAGAACCGAGUAUAGGAGGGUUCUCCUGCUCUCCCUGUCACUCAAUCCUCCUUAUUGAACCCUCUGCUUACAUAUGUACAGCGUUUAAUGGUUUUAUUAUAAGCUAAUACAUUUAAAAACCAGGUAGUAUCACAGCAGCUCAUGAGAAACACUGGAUUCUAUGAAUAUUUGUUUCUGGGAACAAAGUACUAAAAGUGGUGCAGUCACCAUGGAAACCAUUGGAUUGUUCCUGCUUAUUGCUGCACCCUGCCCUAGAAAUAUUCUUGAUAAAUAAUACCCACUGUUAUUAAAUGGCACAUUGUAGAAUCCCAUGUCCCUGUUUCUUUAGACAUAGAUCCGCGUGAUUUGUUGAACCCCUUUCUGUCACAUGACAUUAGGAGCUCGGUUUUAUUACCUGAGAUUAAUGAUAUCACUGCUUUUAUCUUAUAUUUCUUUAUUGCAGUGUAUUAGAAAAUUGGUAGUCAGUUACUAGACUAGAGAUAAGUUUAUCUCUGGUGAUAGAAUCCAUUCCAUAGAACGCUGAGUUCUAGACAGUGUUGACAAACCAAAAAAACUAUAUUGAUAUUUUUUUCCUAGCUCCAAUAUUUGUAGCUAAAUAUCUUACGGCUCUGUGACUUCUAAGUAUAAUAUUUAUGAAAUACUCAUGUUGACCGUAUUGGAAUUUCAUUGGAAUUCUAAUUCAGUCCAAAGAUACCAAAAGACAAGAUAGGGACUUACUUUGUCUUAUGUGCAAUUUUGAGGUUAACAAAAAUUGACAAAAGGCAACGUUUCACCAUCAACUUUUGUCCAAUCUCAUUCGCCACAAGUCACAGCUGUGAAACAUUUUUUAAAUGCUUAUAAAAUCCAUAUUUUAGGGCUAUUAGAGAGAUCCUUUAUACCCGAGAAAAUGUAUUUUAUUUAAGAAUCUUCAGAAAAAGUUAAAGGCAGUGAAAUGUGAGUGUCUUUGCCCAUCUUGGGGGAACAUGGCCUCUUUGACGCGGUAUACAUUUUCUGCUCUUGGUAUCGUUAUGGAUGAGGCUGGCUUCCCCCCAAAAAGACACUUACCUCUGAAAUGCUAGGAAAGUUCUAAAAUGACCAAUGAGUAAGCGCUCUUGUUAGUGCGAAAUCUGUUCGUUUGUCUGUCUCACUUCGUUAUAUUAGUUGUUACCCCAUUUUGAUACUCAAAGUUUCUUGAAACCUCCCAGAUCUCUGUGGAAUCCAGUAUUUAUACUUGGCAAUUGAAGCUGUCUCACUGUUCGAAAACAUCCAACCACACCACACACGUUUCAGCGCCUCGUAGGCUUCAUCAGUGAGGUAUUGCGGAUAUCCCACAAGGAGCGGUGAACACAUGGUCUACCUGCUUAGAGAGAUCAUUAUUAAAAUUAUACACCUUUUAUUUGGUAAUGUUAGUUUAAGGUUAAUUGACUGAUAAGCUAUAAUUUAAAGCCCAGUUUUGGUGUUAAAGCUAUUCAUCAACUUAAAGGCACAAAACAAAAAAAGGAUAAACAACAUUUCGAAACUAGAAAUUAAAUUGGAUUUUGUCAUGGGCCAAAACACUACUUGUAGCUUCUAAAAAUCAGCUGUAGAGAGAUGUAUGUUUAAGUUUGCAGCUAACAUAUUGUCAAGCCACUGCAGCCUGCGUAUCCCACCAUUCUCUGAUUAACUUUGAUCAUUUAGAUAUUCAGCAGACAUAAAGUGUCAUAAAGUUCCAAAAAUCAGCUCUCAGUGGUCAUGCCUGCUGUUAGCCAAUUCAGAAAUAGGUAUUGUACUCUUUAUUUGGUAAAUGUCUCCUAAUGUACUAUAGAUCUAUUAGACAGCGGCUCCUAUCAUUCCAUUGCACUGCCUGGGUGGCAAGUGCAAGUAAAGUACCAUUAGAGUGCAAGCUCUUCUGAUCAAUGCCUCAUAAGGAUGUCUGAAUUCUGAGCACCUCUGGGCCAUUGCCUACCACCAUGCAAUUAGGCUUAAAUUAUUUUAGAACAAGUACCUCAGAUUAUUAGAUUGAAAGCUUUUUACAUGAGCAUAUGCCACAGUUAGUAGAUUGCAAGCUCUUUGGGGCAGUGUAACCUCAGUUUAAUAUAGAAGUGACAUUAUGAUAUAUGGCAGAUUAUUAAUACUUUAUCUAUAGAUCAUGGAAUUAAUAUUGAUUCUUUAAGCUUGUCUUGCAAAGUGUCUGGUUUCAACUCAGACUAACUCAAACCUUGUUACCCCCCUUCUUCUGCUCCUCCUUCUGCUCUUCUCACAUUUGGGGUUGGUGUAGUGAUGAUGGGGAGGGGGGAGCUGGGAUCACCCCACGCCCGAGCCCCGAAGCCCAGCCUCCCAUCUCAUUGGAUGCCGGCAGGGGGAAGCUCUCAGCCCAUGUGGCGUGGCCGAACCAGAAUGUGUGUCAUUUAAACAGUCUGAGAUCAGUCAGAGACAGGGAGAGACAGUCUGAGACAGCAGGGACUGGGGAGAGACAGGUGAGGGAAGGGGAGACAACAAGGAUAUCCUGAGACAGCAGGGAGAGAAGAGGCAUCCUGGGUCAAAGUGAAGAGACAGACACCAAACAGGUACAGGGGACAGCAGGGAGAGGAGAGACAUCCUGGAACAUAGUGAAGAGAGAGACAUUGGACGCGAAAAAAAAGAGAGAGAGACAUCCUGAAACGAAAUCAGAAGGCAGAGAGGAAAGGCAUCCAUAGAUACAUCAGGGAGGGGAGAGAGAGAAGAGACAGCCUGUGAGAUAAGGGAGGGGGAGAGAGGAGGGGACAAGAAGGAACAGAUCCACUGCAUCAAAGGGACCCAGUCUCACCUGCAGAUUAGACACCCUCCCCAUCCAAGAGACAUCCACGACUGGGCUGAGCCAUCCUUGCUCCAGAGAAGGUACUGUUUGCUAUGUAUCAAUGUAUUUCUUUAGAAUGUAUCAGUGAUGCUGCAGAAUGUAGAGAUACAUGGUACAUCUAUGGUGCAGUAAGAGAGGGGUGGAUAUGGGACCAUCUGUCCCUCUGUCUGACAGGUACAGGAAUCCUGCCUUAUCACCUGCCCAGAGAAUUACCCCUUAAUUUCUGCAAGGGGUAGAUCCCUAUUUAUUGAUUUUACCUCGUCAGUUGGUGACUAAUCCUUCAGUCCACAGAUUACUGGGUUAACCUGUAAGGUGCUGAAGAAAGCACUUUAACCCUUUCAUUCAGCCCUAUGGUAUUUCACGGUUAUGGAAAUUAAGAUGUUUCAUUGUUUGAUUUAAGGAGAGAUCAAAUUAUGAUCUGUGAGAUAAAAUUGCCCCCUGGAUACAUUGUAGAUAAUUAAAGAUAUUAAUUUAUGUAGAUAAGGGUGUGUGGUGGGAUUGUGGCUAUUCCGAUUUGUGGUUAAUAUAUUUAUGGAUUUGUGUGUAUUAUUGUGUUAAUCUGAGAUGGCUUCCCUGGGAGAUACAGGAAUGGCGUACAUAGAUUCUAGGCUGAUGUGGGUACAUGAUGACAUUCUAAUCCUCACAUGGCUGGGAAGGAUCCAACGUAAAAUAUUGAAACACUUAAACAUGGACAUCUACUGUUUUUUUUACCUUUACAAAUCCUUUGAAUAUUUGUAAAAAAUCUGCCCCUCCCCAAACGUGGGCAAAAGGUGAUUUAUGACGCCUCAUAUUCGUCACAUCUGGUGACAUUAUCACUAACACAGCACCUGUCUUAAAUAAACACAUGAAAAUGUAAAUCCAUUGUUCAGUUCCAUAUUAUCGUUAGUAAAUACCGUUUAUCUAUAUCUGUAUAUAUUUGUGGUGAUUUCAUUGGAUCCUGAUCUACUGAAGAUCUCUUUGUAAUCAAACCAGGCUCGCUAGGCCCGACUGCAAAUAAUCCCUUAAGCCAAAUGUCUCGUGUGCCCCAUUUAAAACCAGGGACAAUUUGUAUCUCUUCCCUAGAAAACCUUGAAAACCUGUCAAGUGGAAGAUGUUCUGUCUCAUCAGGAGUUAAAACCCCAAAUAUUUCCAUUGGAUGAGGGCCAGUCACCCCCUCCUAACCCACUUGCCCCCUCCUUAACACUUGGUGCAAUGGCACACAUAUUAUCUACCAGAAAUCCUGGGGCCCAGUCAAGGUACAUUGUGUGGCUUUCUAUCGCUCAUUCAUCAGCCUCUCGUUUUCCGAUGAGAAUGAGAAAAGAGUACCCCCUCAAUAGCCCCCUCUUUCCCACCUCCAGUGGCAGACCCUGCUUGUUACCAUGCAUUUCAGUGUACACAAAGAAGCUUUGAGUUUUUAAAAACUGCAACGCCAUCACAAUCUCCAUCUAGGGUAUCCUGAUGCUCCUUCAAUGCGUCACGCAAAUGUCGACUUUGCAAAAUCGACACAUAAAGGGAUAAAUUGUUUGUCCAUGUCUAUUUGUUUUACAGGGAAAUGUAUUGAGUAGUUUGAGUCAACCGAGGGGUAAAAUUUCACCCUUUUCCUUCCCCCCACCCCCGUUGUAUCACAUUUUGCAACUUCAAUACUGUAUUUGAAAGUUCGUAUUAUAGAUUGCAAGCUCCUCAGGCUAGCGUCUUUGUCAAUCUGAUUGUAGGACUUACAGAGUAGGGUCUAUUGUUAUACUACUAAAGUAUAAGUUCCAUUGGUAAGAAUCGAUCAUUAUCUAAUUAAAUCUUAGGCUUCUUGAGGCAAAUGUUUAUAUCAUACUAAUAGUUUGUAUUUUGGGGGUAGAAUCUCAUGAUGGUUACCCGAUUCUUGUCUCAAUUUUGUUAUAAUAUACUUUUACACCACUUGGCAUGAAGAUCCUUGAAAGAACUUCUCAUAAGAUGAUAAUGUUAGGCCUUUAGUGUUACAAAAUAUUUUACAUGCACUAGACCGCAAGCUCUUCGGAAUAAUAUGACCACCAGAUUGUAUUUUCCAAAUUACAGUGUAUCACCUAUAUACAUUACUGUUCAGUAGGGGGCCUUUCAUAUUGUUGGGAUGAGAGAAAAUUUAAUUGAAGGAAAACUUAAAAUUAAGGAUGUACUGGGCCUAGAGAACCCUAACUUUAAGACAUUCAACAUGGCUUGUGUACAGCAGAGAUUUUAUGACAUAUAUUACACACAUGAAAAAACAUUUAUGGUCCUUGAGAUGUCUGUGCCAAUUCAUGUCCUCUGAAGAUCAAGAUAGUUUUGGGGAAUACUAACAUUCAGCAUGAGAUUAGUUGAGAAGAGCUCGUUGAGUUGGUGGUGAUGAAGCUAAGGAGAUCCUUUUGGGUACCACUGGGAGAUGUGUAUUUGCUUUGGAAUGCUGGUGGGGAAAAUAUUUUUCAGUUGUGUCUCCCUUGAAAAGAAGACAUUCUUUCUGGUCACAUUUGAGACUGAACACUUGGACGUUUGUAGAAUAUGUAAAAUAAGUGGUGAACGGUGUUGAUGGAUUUAACAAAUAUCCAAAUGUUGGGCUACCAAAUAGAAGCAUUUUAUUUUUUUUACUGAGAAUGUUAAUGAAGAAAUGUCCCCGUACAUUUGACUGACUCCAGAAGGUAAGUAUUGCAAUAUCACCAACCUUACUGCCAGGAGUAAAAAGUCUCUUGUUCAGACACCCAAGUACAGAACAUUUCAUUAGCUUGGAAUACUAUAGCAGGGAAACAUCUGUGAUUUUUUUUCAAUGGGGAAGUGUCAUCAAAAUUAGCAAACUUUUGGUUUCACUGUUUGGUGCCGAGAUGAUACAUGGCUCAAACAUACAUCUUUAUUGCACUUUCCUAAAUGUCCCUCAGAUUUAAUGUGUUGUCAUUGACUGUGUGGGUCUUGGUGACAUCAUUGAUUUUGAAGGAAAUACGUUAAUGUAUGGCUGCUUAAAUAAUGUGGACCUCCCUACUAGACAAAGUGCCAAAGCUUUUCAUACAAAUACUCAGAGGGGAUUUAGGGUUACCUGGUUCUCUUCCAAUUGAGUCAGGGGUAAUACCUAGAUCUUUGCUGGUCUUUGAAGACUGGGUUUGAGACGAACUGAAAGUAGAUCAAGGGGAAGAUGGAGUCUGUGGGCCUAAUAUUCUUUAACAUAUGCCUAGGAGUGAAGUGAUGCUCUCCCUUUAUCAAAUUACUUUUUUUUAAUACAACUAACUUUAAACAUACAAUGAGAUCAGCUAGUUCAACCUUUACCAAAUUAUUAUUUUGUUUACUUCCGCAAGCCAGAAUGAGGAACGGACAGAAGAGUUUAUUGAAAUGAAAUGAUCUGUGGACAGCAAUAAAUCUUACGGUGACCGCACAUGGUUUUAGUACAUAAUCUUUAGUAAGACCAUUGCUACUCCAAUAAUUAAGGCAAAGACAUCUAAUUUAAUUACAUAAUUUACCCCCAACAUUAAAAAGAUUUGCGAUGACUCGUUUAACGUUAAAUCAUUGCGUACAGUUGAAAGCACAUUGCUGUUGUCCACAAGGGCUAAAUAUGUGCAUUCACCUAUUCUGCUGUUGGUGGUGUGAUAUGGCUCUGCUUUUAUUAUUACCGAUCAAAAUGGUUUGUUUAGUAAUUUGAUUUAACACAUAACUGUAGUCAUCUGAUUACUCUUGUAAGUCAGGAGGGUGAACUGGAAUUUUAAGUAAAUAGGAGAUCAAAUAGUUAAAUGGCUGAAAAAAUAACCUCACCUGAUUUAAGUUUGCUUGAGUAAUUAGUACGUCAGCUGGAAAAAAGUAAUAUGUAAAAAAAAAAUGGUUAAAUGAACACUAUAGGCAUCAUAACCUUAGCUUAAUGAAACAGUUUUGGUGUAUAGAUCAUACCCUGCAGUCUCACAUCUCAAGUCUCUGCCAUUUGGCCACUUUUGUUUCUGUUUAUGCAGCCAUAUCCACACCUCCCUGCAUGUGACUUUCACAGCCUGCAUGAAAGUAAAUGGUUUCAUUUUCAAUCAGAUGUUAACUAGCUUUAGAAGUUUUUGCCUCCUGUUCUGUUAAUUUAACUUUAAUCACACACAAGAGGCUCCUGCAAGGUCUAGCAGGCUAUUAACAGAGCAGGAGACAAGAAAUUCUAAAUUAAACAGGAUGUGCAAUACAGGAAGUUUAAACAUUAGAUUUCACUUUACAGGAAGUGUUUAGGAAGGCUGUGUAAGUUACAUGCAGGGAGGUGUGUCUACUGCUGUAUAAACAAAUUGAUUUAACUCCUAAAUGGUGGAGAAUUGAGCAGGGAGACUGCAGGGGCACGAUCUAUAGACCAAAACGGCUUCAUUGAGCUAAACUUGUUUUAUUGCCUAUCGUGUCCUUUAACUGAAAGAAAUUAGUCUUUUUGCAUCAUAUAUAAAACAAAUAUAUUAUGUGCAAUUACUAAGGUUUAAGUCACCAGAACAACUACAGCUUAUUGAAUUUGUUCUGGUGAGUAGAAUCAUUACCUUCAGGCAGUGGCAUACACAUGACCCAUGGGGCCCCGGUGCGAAAAUUGAUCCGUGGGCCCCCCCCGCGUGCGGGCCGGGCCGCAACAUAUGGCGGUGGGCACCUGGUCGCAGGGGUUACAGGGCUGCGACCCCUGCGACCGCGGUAUGUACGCCAGUGCAUGCAGAUGCACACAGACUUAAAGGACCACUACAGACACCCAGAUCACUUUAGCUCAAUGAAGUUGUCUAGGUGUCAGGUCCCUCUAGUUUUAACCCUGCAGCUGAAAACAUAGCAGUUUCAGAAAAACUGCUAUGUUUCACUGCGGGUUAAUCCAGCCUCUAGUGGCUGUCUCACUGACAGCCGCUAGAGGAGCACACUGAACGUCCAUAGGAAAGCAUUGAGUAAUGCUUUCCUAUGGGCGGUUUGAAUGCGUGCGCGGUCGCAUUCGGAGCUGAGAGGCUGAGGGAUCCCCAGCGCCAAGGGAGUCCGGCGCUGGAGAAAGGUAAGUGCUGAAGACACACACACACUUACAGACGCAUACACACUAGCUAACAGACACACACAUUUACUGACAGAGACACACUCAGCGACAGACAUACAUACACACUCACUUACAAAACAUACACUCAUUGACAAACACACACUCACUAACAGACAUCAAACAGACUCACUAACACACACACUCAGUAAGACACACACAGUAACACACUCACUGACACUCACUAGCAGACACACACACUAACACUCACUCUAACACUCACACUAACACUCACACACACUAACACUCACUCACUCUAACACUCACACACACACACACUCUAACACUCACACACACUAACACUCACACACACUCACUCUAACACAUGUUUUUUUUAAAUGUAAUCCCCCCAGCCUCCUUACCUUUUGUAGUGCUGGGGGGAUUCCCUGGGGUCCAGUGGUGCUGCUGGGCUCCUGGGCGGGUGGCCGGUCGGGAAGGCGGGCAGGCAGGCGGGCGCGCGAGGGAGCACUCAGUGCUUCCUCUUCAGCUCCCUCGCGCGCCGCUUAGGGAUGCCGGCGCCGGAAGAUGACGUCAUCUUCCAGCUCCGGUAUCAGUGCGGUGCGCGAGGGAGCUGAAGAGCAAGCACUGAGUGCUCCCUCGCGCGCCCGCCUGCCUGCCCGCCCGACCGGCCACCCGCCUGCCCGGUGACAGCAGGGCCAGCCUCGGGGGGCCCUGGGGUGGCCGCCUCCUGGGCCCCCCAGGGGAAGAGGCUGGCCCUGUGGGUACAUACCGGGUCGCAGGGGCGGCCGGGCCCCCUGGUGGGCCGGGCCCUGUCGCAGCCGCGACCCCUGCGACCCUGGUAUGUACGCCACUGCCUUCAGGCUGUGAUUGGAUCAGGCUACCACUUCUGAUGAUGUCAGCUGACUGCUUGUUUUUCUGAGACAAACAGCAUGCAGAGUUACAGCUUCAGGCUUGAAUACAGUAAGAUGUUGCUAUAUUUAUGGAGGCAUGAGGGGCCAAGGGCGGCUAGAUGGUGGCUUUAACACUACAGGGUCAGGAAUACAUGUUUGUGUUCCUGACCCUAUAGUGAUCCUUUAAGCUUAGCCACACUGGACUGUAUUUUCUGACCUGUGUAAAUAUCAAAUACAAUUUAAGGUGGACAGUCCUAAAUUACUACUUGCUCUAUAAAGUAAUUAAAGAAUCUCCAGGAUCUUGUUUAUUAAAUGACACCAUAACCACCGUACAUCCUUGUAAUGGUACCAAGCAGUUUUGGUUGCUGUCGCCUCUUUGUUACCCCCAAAACCAUUUGCAAGUGAUUUAAAAAUGGGUCUCUCCUGCCUAUAAAUGAUGGGGCAAAAUUCCAUUUUGUUAAUUGUGACCUACAGUGUGUAUAAUACACGUCUCUCGUGUAAUGCUGAAAUUUCCCUGCCUUCGUGAUCCAACCUUGGACAGCCAUAAAAGGCUGAGAGUGAUAGGCAAGUGAUAGAGCCUAUAUACCUACCAUUUAGAUUAAGGCUUCACAGGCCCUGGAUACCCCCAGUUUGCAACACAUCUCUUGAAAACUAUUUUGACAAACUCAUAAGGGACUGCACCCAUAGCCAGCUUACACCAUAACCACCGCAAUAAGCAAUAGUUGUUAUAAUGCUGAGAGUGGCCCUUUAACUGCUCCAAAUAAAGCACGUCAGAAUGACUUAUCUCGAUUGAGCUAGUUCCUGUGUAUCACGUGGCUUCAGAAUAAAUCCCCAUUCACUCAAAACUAAAGUUUGCUUCAAUCUCAGAUCCCUCCCAAUCGGCUUCUUAAAAUCUAAGAAUAUUAAUAUUGCUCUACUUGAAGAGUGGACGUUCUUAUUCUACAUCUUAAAGUACACGUUGGGGAGCACUUUAUAUAAUAUAUAAUAUGUCUGUAUUGUUUUCUAUUUUUUGUUUUUUAUUUUGCGUAAAAAUGUGAUAUUUUUAUGCAAAAAUCACCUUAUUAUAACUUACAUUUUUACUAAAAUAUUUUUUUUGUCAGUUUUGGGAAUGUGAAAUUUUAUACAUACAGGUGGUAUGUAUGGAUGUAUUUAUAUUUUAGAGAUUUCUGGUACGAGGUAUAGAUGCACUAACAGGAAGGGGGGAAACACAGAAUCGUGAACACUAUUUACUAAAAUGUGAAUUACUGGGAAUUCAAAGUGAAUUUUAAAUUUUAACCCAUUAUAGCCAAAUUCAAGAAAAUCCAACCAUUCAGCCAUGUUUGCAGUUUGGCUAUUUUUUUUUUUUUUAAUUCUUUAUUUUUGAUUCGACACAGAAUGCAGCAUAUCAAAAUACAGUGGCUCACGCAGGGCCCGAUCAUAAAACAGUGUUACUUAGCUUUCAACAGUGGUUAAAUGUUUAAUCAGUUAGGAGACAUUGGGUUUUGCCGCUCUGUGUCGGUUUUUUUUGGGGGGCAGUGAUUGCCCGUAUAGAAAAUACAAAAAAUACAAAGAGUACAAACAACACAAAAAAAAGAAAAAACAAGGAGCACAACGGUGCAACACACUAAGGCUGGAUACAAUAAUCUCUGGGUAUUUACUAAGGGUUUCACAGCGCUUUCAAGCCGACUCACGUUGAGUACAUUGAGUCAUUUUUAGCUGUUCUGCGUGCGGCGGUACUGAUUAUUGUGUUGUCGGUUAGGUGCUCUGGGCUAUGUCUUGUGACCGUCUGCGUCGUGUCAUGGUGGUUGUGCUGUCGGUUUGGAGUUGCGUCCGUUGGCUAUACUCAAUAUCGGUCCGUCCCAUGAGCCAUCCCAAGUCGGGGUCUAUUGUGGGCGCGGAUGGCGGUGCCCUGUCAUCGUUUCUUGUGGCCGUGGGUGGCUUCAUGGAGGGCCCCCAGUGACGGGUCGUGCUUUGUCAGUGGUCAUUGUGCUGUGCUUUGUAACCGUAAUACUAGUUUGUAGAUGUGGUGUAACGUCUAAAGGUGGGACGGGGGGGAGGGAAGGGGAGCGCUGUUCGCUGGGGCGUGCGGCGGAUCUAGGCCCUUCCGAGGCCUCUGUCCUUAUCCUGCUUAUGUAGGAUUUAGUCGUCGAGAUAGUCUUCCCAAGGUUGCCAUAUUUUAUGAAAUGUUUUCUCCGUGUUCCUAAUUUGGGCUGUGAGUUUGUCCAUCAAGUGUGUGUCUUUAACUUUAGCUAUCACGUCGUCGUCUGUAGGUAAUGUGGGCUUGAGCCACGCCUGGGCUAGAGCCCUUCUGGCAGUUUGGCUAUUUUGAUUAGAAUCCUGAUAAUUCACAUGCACAUAUAACGUGACAGGGGUGAUUAGUCAUUUAACCAGCAAUUAUUUCAAACUGACCAGGCAUUACAGAUAUUGGCUAUAUAGCCGAACUGAGAAAUUCUCAAUUUUUUGCAGCCUGGAUAUUUUGACCUAGCACAAAUUGGUAAUAGGUACGCUGAGUUAGCAACUAGUAGUAGAUACCUGCGAUAGCUUUCCAGUGGAAGCCGUACCAACUAACAAUGUUACAUAAAGAGUAGUAGAUACCUGGAGUAGCCUUCCAGUGGAAGCAGUAAAGUCUAACUUAGUAAAGAAAUUAAGGAAUACUUGAGAUUGUCCAUCAUUUUCACAAAAUAAUAUUUGUAAUAUUUUCCCCACAAUUUUCCCUACAAGGUGUGCACGAGAUGUGUUCUUUUGAUGACUAUGAGUGAUGUCAGUGUGUUGUUGUCACGAAACGUUUGUAACACUGUAGCACGCUGUGCGCCUUGUCGCAUCCAAUCAGUGUCAGGCUGCUGCGUACCGAGAUAUAUCCUGCCAUGUUUAAACUUCGCAGCUCAGAUUGUCUGGCGUAAACCAUGCAGGGGACUUUGUGUCUGGUCAGCGAGAUGGAAACGAUUGGUUUGUUAACAGUUGUAAUGAUCGAAAGCGGAACACACGGCACCAUGGGAAGACCUAGCAAUGGCGCAGCUUAUUAAAGGCAUGUUUGCCUCCCAGAAUCCUUUGCUCCUUUAUUGUUACUAAGUACACGUUACAGAGACCCAUGACGAUGAAAUACUUCAAAAAAAAUAAUAUUGGCUUUGUUUCUGUUUAACCCAUAGAUUGCUGGAUGAUUAUGUCAUCUUUUGAUUACAAUGUCUUUUCAUUCUCGUUAAAUCUCUGUCUUUGAUGUGUCUGUAAAGUGUGUAUUUAGUUAGUACUGGGGAUUUUGUGCACUCUCUUUAGAAGACGAAAUUCGUCAUUGUCUAAUUGUAUUUUUUUUUGUACAUUUAACAUAAUCAGACGAAUUUUAUUACCCUUUAACUCUGAAUUAAAGGGACCUCAUCACGUAUAAUAAAAUCUCAUUGUUUUACUCAACUCGAAUGUCAGUAAUAUAGGAAUAAAUUCUAUAUCAAACUGCCCAGUAAUUUACAAGAUUAUCUUCCAUAAAAUACAAUAAAUUUGCACUUUGGUAGCCUUGAGUCUGUUCAGGUUAUGGUGUCAUGCAGCAGGUGUAAAAGGUCAAAUCUUUGUCAAAACGUUAAAAACUUUCUCUCGCUUACUACUGAGCUUGUUAACAAAGAUGAAGGAUGAAGAAGUGUUUGUCGUCUGCCUCCAGCAGAGACAGUAAUGCUUAAAUGGCCAAUCUUGGUUUGAAGAUUCAUACAAUUAAUAACCUGCAUCUUUAAAGGUCCCAUAUUAGUUGUCCGAUCUAUCAUACAGUGUCCCACCAAGGAGAUAUUUUGUAAAGUUAAAAUAAAGCACGCUGUUUGCUGUACAGAAUAACUGUUGACUGUGCUCAAAUGUGCAGAGUUAAAUUAAUUAUGGGGGAAUAGUUAUCUCUGUAACAUGGGCAGUGUUGUGGCCUGAUUCUAUUGUCGCAAAACACCAACAGGCAGCCAUUUUGAAGGUAUCAGUGAUGUUAAGCAUGUGUAGUACCUGAUCAUAGUGUCUUUAAAGGCUGUAAAUGAUUAAUGCCCUUUUAAUGCCCGCAGGCUUUAAAGAUGGAGGACAUUGUCAUAGCAGGGAUAGCAGGAAGACUGCCAGAGUCAGACAAUCUACAGGAAUUUUGGGAGAAUUUAAUCGGUGGGGUGGACAUGGUCACAGAAGAUGACAGGAGGUGGAGACCAGGUAUGUGAAAAAUAAAAGAAUAAUAUAUUAAUGUUUUGUCAAAAAUCAAACAAUGUGUAAAUGAUGAAACAAAAGCUACCCAGUCAUGUUUAUAAAAAUUUGUAAAUCAAGCAAUAUUCUUAAACCACAACUGUGGCUUGUUGCUGAGUAGAGACAAAGUUCCAGGAGGUAUAGGGAUAUGGGGCUCCCUAAUUUGCCAUUUUAAGUCCUGCUUGGAGAUAAUGGGAUCGAUAUAGUGCUCUCUGGUAACCUGCUAAACCUUGAUUUUACCUUAAAGGACUUGGAAAGUGAUACUAUUUAAAUAGAUAAUGUACAAUGUUAAAUAUGAUGAAAAUGAAACUGAACUGUUAAUUUUGGUUGCAAUAUUUGAUUUCCAGGUCUCUAUGGUUUACCAUCAAGGAACGGAAAACUGAAAGAAAUUAGCAAAUUUGAUGCCUCGUUUUUUGGUGUACAUCCCAAACAAGCGCACACGAUGGAUCCACAGUUACGUUUGCUUUUAGAGGUCUGCUACGAGGCCGUAGUAGAUGGAGGUAAGAGUAGAUAGAUGUCCUUAAAUGGACUCAGUGGUAUAAAAAAAAUCCCUGUUUUAUUAAUGCUUUAACCCCUUAAGGACCAAACUUCUGGAAUAAAAGGGAAUCAUGACAUGUCACACAUGUCAUGUGUUUUUAAGGGGUUAAAUAAAAAAAAUGAAAUACCUUCAAAGAUUACGAAGCUGUGCAUCUGAGAGAAACUGACGGCAGAUUCAGCCAGACCGUGUCCUCACCAGGAAGACGCUCUUUCCAUCAGAAGUGUCUCAGUCUGAUAUGAUCUAAUUUUACCCUCAAACCUUUUUCUAGCAAAUAAAUUAAUGAGAUAAGUAGUUUUUCCCACAGCCAACAUCACAUAGGGUGCACUACUCACCACGAUAUUUGCAAAGUUGUUACAGUGCUUAGACAGACCGUUUUAAAGGAAACUUCAAAGUACAAAGUACCAUAAUGCAUGCUGAUGUAGUAGUUAUGGUGCUGAUAGACUGCGGUGCCUUCUCCGUGCUAUGAGUCAAAACAUUUCCUGCCUGUUGCUAAUAUGAAAGUUCCACUUCCUUUAGUAGCGUGAAUUAUUUCAUAUUUGGAGGUCUAAAAGUCCCUGCUGUUCCUCAUUAAAACUGUGAGCGCCCAAAUAAUUUUUGCUUUCCUACUUAUGUACUAGGGUUUGCCAGCCUGGUAUUAUGGUAUUUGAAAAGAGUGCGGGUUACUCCUAUUUUUAACAUAUUUGGAUGGCAUUGAUCAGCUGACCCACUUUGCCUGAUAUUGCAAAAAAAUAUCAACUUAUGAAAUUAAACUAAUUCAUAGAAAAAUGUUUCUAGGCGACAAAGUGAAAUAUAUAAGGUCGUAGUGCCUCUGUGCUUUUAGAGCAGCGACAUCUUUGCUGUAAUGUAAAUAAUACAGUUUAGAAGCUACUGAAUUUCUGAUUCUUUCUAAAAGUCAUAAUACAAGUCCAGAUUUGCUAUUCAAAUAUAAAUUCCUGCAGGCAGUCGUUACCAGAGGCAAAAGUAACAAGCAAACAAAAUAAUUUCGUUUAUAAUAUAUGUAGGGUUUUUGCAGAACAUAAAUAUCUGUUAUUUGUAUGUUAAUUGGUUGUGCAGUAUUUUUUAUAUAGUUUGUUCUAUAUCCAUCUCUAUAUUUUAUAUCAUAUUUCCACUUUAGGGAACACAUUUAAAUACCUUGUAUGAUAUAGAACGUGUUUUUCAUGUGUGAUUGUUUUACAUUUUGUUUUUAAGGGUGUAUUCUUUUGUUUUUGUUUGUAUCCUUGUGUGAGGGUAUUUGUUCUAUCAAUAUAUCCAAUCAAUGGCCACUUUAUUGUGUAAACCUUUCUAAUACUGGGUGGGAUGCUCCUUUGUCCCCCUCCCACCCCAUUCUUUAUGGUAUGGGUUCUACAUGGUGCUAGAAAGAGCACAUUGUGAUCCUAGGGCCGUGGUGACAUGAUAGCAUCACUUAGUUUAUUCAGAUUUGUUGGCUGACUAAUCAUGCUGUAAUCUCCAACAUAUUUCAAACUUACUCUCUUAGAUUGAGAUAUGGUGGUAGUGGAGGCCUCUGAUAUGGUGACUGUGGAGGCCUGGGAUAUGGUGAUUGUAGAGGCCUGGGAUAUGGUGAUUGUGGAGGCCUGGGAUAUGGUGAUUGUAGAGGCCUGGGAAAUGGUGAUUGUGGAGGCCUGAGAUAUGGUGAUUGUGGAGGCCUGGGAUAUGGUGAUUGUGGAGGCCUGGGAUAUGGUGAUAGUGGAGGCCUGUGAUAUGGUGAUUGUGGAGGCCUGAGAUAUGGUGAUUGUGGAGACCUGAGAUAUAUAUAAAAAAAAAAAAAAAGCUGAAUGGUGGCUCAGAGGUAACAUAGCACCCCCAGGACUGCAAAGUACCCAGGUUCAAAUCCGUUACUGGGCACUGCUGGGGCAACCUCGUUUGGCACUCUGAAAGUUACGGUGGGAACCGUGACAGUCUUCCAAAGGAGUGCCAAAAAGCUUGUUCCUCUCAAAGGGUAAUUCACACAAGGCUGCCUUAGAAGCUGAAUCAGCUGUCCAUGUUCGUAGCCACAGUGCUCUUCUGGCCACUGAUGACAAACCAAUAAUUCUUGCGGAUAAACAAAAAAUCUCAUCGGUGGCAUCCGAAAAGAAAUUCGUUAGAUAAUUUCAGGAGGAACAUAAGCUGGGCAGGGUCGGUAUCAGACUUCCUCAUAAAAGACUCUUCAAGGGCUUGGAGCCAAACGCUCUGUGCCUUGAGAACUGCAGAACCUGCUAUCAGUAAAGGAGGAGACUAUAUUUAAAAGAAGAAAAACUGCCACAACAAGAGGACAUAGUCUUAAAUUAGAGGGACAAAGGUUUAAAAAUAAUAUCAGGAAGUAUUACUUUACUGAGAGGGUAGUGGAUGCAUAGAAUAGCCUUCCAGCUGAAGUGGUAGAGGUUAACACAGUAAAGGAGUUUAAGCAUGCUGGGAUAGGCAUAAGGCUAUCCUAACUAUAAGAUAAGGCCAGGGACUAAUGAAAGUAUUUAGAAAAUUGGGCAGACUAGAUGGGCCGAAUGGUUCUCAUCUGCCGUCACAUUCUAUGUUCUAUGGAGAACUGGGAUAUGGUGAUUGUGGAGGCCUGGAUUAUGGUGGUAGUGGAGGCCUGUGAUAUAGUGAUUGUGGAGGCCUGUGAUAUGAUGAUUGUGGAGGCCUGAGAUAUGGUGAUUGUGGAGACCUCAGAUAUAGUGAUUGCUGAGGUCUGUGAUGUGGUGAUUGUGGAGGCCUGAGAUAUGGUGGUAGUGGAGGCCUGAGAUAUGGUGAUUGUGGAGGCCUGUGAUAUGGUAAUUGUGGAGGCCUGAGAUAUGGUGGUAGUGGAGACCUGAGAUAUGGUGAUUGUGGAGGCCUGUGAUAUGGUGAUUGUGGAGGCCUGGGAUAUGGUGGUAGUGGAGCCUGAGAUAUGGUCAUUGUGGAGAACUAAGAUAUAGUGAUUGCGGAGGCCUGUGAUAUGGUGAUUGUGGAGGCCUGUGAUAUGGUGAUUGCGGAGGCCUGUAAUAUGGUGAUUGUGGAGGCCUGGGAUAUGGUGGUAGUAGAGGCCUGUGAUGUGGAGAUUGUGGAGGCCUGGGAUAUGGUGGUAGUGGAGGCGUGGGAUAUGGUCAUAAUGGAGGCCUUUGAUAUGGUGAUUGUGGGGGCCUGGGAUAUGGUAAUAGUGGAGGUCCGAGAUAAUGUGAUUGUGGAGGCCUGAAAUAUAGUGAUUGUAGAGGCCUGAGAUAUGGUGGUAUUAGAGGCCUAAUCUAUGGUGAUUGGUGAUUGUAGAGGCCUGGGAUAUGGUGAUAGCGGAGGCCUGAACUAUGGUGAUUGUAGAGUCCUGUGAUAUGGUGAUUGAGGAGGCCUGUGAUAUGGUGAUUGAGGAGGCCUGUGAUAUGGUGAUUGUAAAAGCCUGUGAUAUGGUGAUUGUGAAGGCACAUGAAAUGAUGAUUGUGGAGGCCUGAGUGUGGCGGACCACUGGCACCUCGACUGGGUACCUCUGCCAAUCAUGCUUCCUACCGAGUACUAAAAGCACUGCACCAGACACCUUAACCGGUGUAGCCCCGUUAGCUGCCGCAGCUUGGCUCAGGUCUCGCUGUCCCUUCCCACCCUGGACCAACACCUAGAUCCAGCUCCCAGUGGGAAGACCUCUCCUCCAAGAGAGUAUAGCAGGUAUAUUAAUCCAAAGAGCAGUAUAGCAAUACCCCCCACACAUGAGCCAAGGCUUAAUGCUGGGAAGUAGUCUGUUUAAUAGCAGCACAGUUACAGAAUUUAUAUAAGUCACAAACUCCUCCCCUGUGCCUGAGAGAUAACUGAGUGAGGAACUGUACAAACUCAAUUAUCUCCAGGUACAGAAAAACAUACAAUUUACAAACACCCCAAAGGUACCCCUAAAACACAUAAAACCCCACAACUCUGAUCUGGGUGACCAACAUAUCCAAAAAUCACCGGUUCAGGGGUUUGGGUUUUUCAUGGAAGUCAUAAUUUGACCGAUCGCACACAUGGUCCUAUGCCCAAAAAACUGUUCCAGGGAAAAAGUGGUUGCGGUCGGUCAAAUUCGGUAGUUUAAAAAUGAACGUAGUCAAUAGUCAUACCGUGGAGCUUGUUCCCCUUGACCAGAUGAACGAUUCUACUGAACAGUGCCCUUCCAGGAUGUGUAGAAACAAACGCAGGCAAUUGAUGGAAGUCCAGCGGUGUUCGGAAGUUUCAGUGUCCGAUUUCAGUUCCAUGAACUUGACACCCAAACACCGCUGCCUUCGUUUGCGGGAGCAAGAUGGAACCCAGGCGAACAAUUGGAACACUGCGGUUAGAAUAAUUAAGAGGUGAUGAUAGGGCUUAAUAAGCUCCCGGGUGGUCCAUAGUUCAUGCGUCAAUUCGGGUUCCUGAACAGCAAAGGAAAAUGGCACGAACUAAGGGUUUUCCCAUGGUUUUUACAUAGUCCUGUGGCAAGAAACUGGCAAGCAGGCUCCUCCAGCAGCCCGUGGUCAGGUUACUUUCGCCACACUGAGAUAUGGUGACUGUUGGGGCCUGAGCUAUGGUGGUUGAGGAGGCUUGUGAUAUGGUGAUCGUUGAGGCAUGUGAUAUGGUGAUUGAGGAAACUAAAACAAACUAAAAUGCUGCACAGGCAGACUCCUUGCACCAUUACCACUUCAAGACACUGAAGCGUAAUUUUUUAACCCCUUAGGGACCAAACUUCUGGAAUAAAAGGGAAUCAUGACAUGUCACACAUGUCAUGUGUCCUUAAGGGGUUAAAGGACCUAUUGUGUGCCACCCACGACUGACUGACCAGAUAUUUGCAUUAAUGAGCAGAUGUACAGAUUUGUGUAAGAGUAAAAAAAAAGAAAUAUGACUUUUAAUCAGGAUUCCAGUUCAUACGUAUAAUGUGUAAGUGAUGCUUAGGAUGAGGUCUACAAGAAUGGACACCCCGUCUUUUGGGAGAUAUACAGUCCCAAUAGGUUACAUUAUUAUUCACUAACACCAAAUUUUCUCAUGCUGCAAAACCUGCAUGUCAUUGGGACAAUCAAUUUCUUGUUAAAAGACUGUGGAGAAGCGUAUAUGUAUGUAUCGCCUGUCUACAUAUAUUCUCCUCCUCCCCCCUGGAACCCCUUGGAUUAGGGGUCAUACACCCGAGUUUAGCUACCUAUUCGUAUGCAUCGGUGUCCUAUAAAAUUAGUUUAUUUUACUUACACACCUAAAUACUAAUGCAAUGUUACUUGGAUCAUAAUACAGGAGCUCACUGCCACACUAGACCUGCUUUGUUUUUGGUUUUUUAAAUUCAAUAAUUCUUAAUAGUCUUGUGCAUUCUCUGAUCCAAUUUUUCCUUUUCGUUUAUUUGAAAGAUGCCCUUGAGAUUCAUUAGGUCAUCAUUUAACUGAAAAGAGGCCUGCGUAAUAGCUAUGUGACUACGCAUGCAAUGUUAUCUAGCACUAUUCAAGUGUUUUUUUAAAUGUUUGAUUGAAUACUAGUUUUGAUAAAUGUAUAAUUGGUUCUACCAUACCUUUUUCUUUUUUUUUUGACAUUCUUUAUUUAGUUUUGUGGUUUGUCAAGAAAUAGCAGUACAAACAUUUGUUUCCAUAACAGUGUUCCGUUAAUGGUCCCUUUUGCCAAAUCCCUUCCCAUAACUCCCCCCUUCCCGAGGCACGCGCCUGCUAUCAGGGCUCCGCUGGCGGCUGACGUCCCACUGGGCGGCAGGGACCGUCCCCCAAGGGCCGUCAGGGGUGUCGUUACUCUCAUUCCCCUCCCUCCAUUCCGCGCCCCCAUCCCCCAGUCUCGGGCCCCAAGCGGUAGGGUUGUGGAUAAAGCGGUGGUUAGGCGAGGGUGCGCCUCAGUGCGUUGUUGGGUUGGGGUACCUUGGUUUGAGGCGCGGGCCGCGCUCCCCCCCCUGAGGGGGGUGAUGGGUGUGCGGGUCUGGGUGUUAUAGCGUCCCUGCGCCAUCCUAGAGAGAAAGGGGGCGCCCCUAGUUCGUCUGCGUCGCCUGGGUCGUGACCAAGUAUAGGGGGUCCAUGGGCGGGCCACUCCCCUGGAUGGACGGGUCGGGGCCACGCCCAGGCCCUCCGGAUCCCUCUGGGGGCUGUCAGGUGUCAGGGACUGGUGGUGUCAUGUGGGCUUCCUGCCCCCCAGGGGCCCCCCGGGGCCAGUGCGUGCAGAGCGCGUUCCCUUUUGGGCAUCCGUCCAGUCAUGUGCAUCGAGUGCAUCUCUCCCUACUCAAUCUCACCCCAGCUCCUCACCGUCUAUGCGGGCUGGGUUGGUUACGUUGUGUGUGUGGCUCCCUCGAUCCCUAUCGAAUGAAAAUCUAGGUUGUGCGGUGUUAGUCUUGUGUGUGUACUGGGUCCUUUAUUUUGAUUGGGGGGAGUGAGCUGGGUUCCCCCGGGUGCCAGAGCGGGGACGGGGUGGAGAGAAAGAGGAAAAAAGGGGGAAAGGGAGGGGGGGGUCCCGCGUCCCAUUAACCGUCCCCAGCCUCUCUCCCAGGUCCCUGAUGGGUCGGCGCCUCCCGCCCCUGGCCAGCCAUAUAGGUGAUCCAGGGGGUCCAAAGUCGGGUGCAGCGUUCCUGUGUUCCUCGUAGUUCAGCCGUGAGGGUCUCCAUCGUGUAUAUUUCAUCUACCUUAUCCAGCCAUUGGGAGAGCGUGGGAACAUCUGUCGACUUCCAUCUGGCGGGGAUUAGGCUCUUGGCGGCAUUGAGGAAGUGCCGAAUUAGAGAUUUUUUGUAGCGUGGUAUUGGCAUUUGCGUGUGGUUGAGUAACAUGGGCAUAGGUUCCAUGGGGAUAUCUUCUUCUAAGAUUUCCAUGAGUUUGUCAUGGAUCUGUUGCCAGUAACCUGUGAUCCGAGGGCAUGUCCACCAGACAUGCAGGUCUGUUCCUUCAGCGGCUGUGCAUCGCCAACAUGAGUCGUCCGAUGUCAGCCCCAUGGACCUCAGCCUGGACGGGGUCCUAUACCAGCAGGUCAAGACCUUGUAGUUAAGUUCUCUCAUUUUAGUACUUAGUAUCCCUUGGUGUGUGAGAAUGUGGAUCUUCUCCCAUUGCUGGUCCGUCAGUGCGAUCCCCGUUGCCUGUUCCCACUUAGCGUGGAAGUGCGCCGGAGCCCCCUGGUCAGCGGCCAAUAGCAUUGCGUAGAGCGUCGAUAUUCCACGGGUCAAAUGUUCUUCGCUGGAGCAGAAAGUCUCGAAUUGCGUGGGGUCCCUAUGCAGUAACUGUUUCCCUUGGAGGGCGGCGUAGUACCAUACCUUUUUCUUUUCUACCCACAGCGGUAUGAUGAUGUCACUAUUACAAAAAUGCAAUGUGUAGCAUGUGAGCCUAAAUAAAAAUCUUUGACAAAAAAAAAAAAAGACUGUGAAGAUCUUACUGUUGGCAAUUACUGGUUAUAAAGUGUGGUGUCAAUCAAAGUGAUGAUGUGGACCUUUAUAGAGAAUAAUACUCCCAUCUAAAAAUUGUAUAGGCCAGACUGAUAACAAAUGCAUAGACAUAUAGGGACACUGUAAGCAAAAUAAGAGCCUUUUGGUGCUCCAUAUGAUAAACCAUUUCUCUUUGUUUGUUAGCCGGCUCAUUUAGUAUCAUUGGUUUAAUGAAAUGAAUAUGUUUCUGUAUAUUGACUGUUGCCCCUCUUCUGUUAAGAUAGACAUAAUGAGUACAAUAUGUCCUCAGCAGUCAGAUGUGCAUUAGCCUCAUGCCCAAAUUACACUCAUGGCAUUGUACAAUUACUAGUUUGUUCUGGUACGGUGGCUUCCUCAAGGACCAGCGGUUAUAUUGAUGUCCUCAUGCAGUCUUUGGUAGUUGUGGAUGUGUUGUGAUUCCCUUGUACAUUAUUAUAAAAAAAUAAAAAAAAAACACACGUUUAUUUUAUUAUUGUCCCUAGGUAUCAACCCAUCUGAACUUAGAGGAACCAACACAGGAGUCUGGGUGGGUGUUAGUGGUUCAGAAGCAGGAGAAGCUUUCAGUCGAGAUCCAGAAGAGUUGCUUGGUUACAGCAUGACCGGGUGUCAACGUGCCAUGUUCGCCAAUCGUAUCUCUUACUUCUUCGACUUAAAAGGUAUCAUCAAAAAGCAAUGACUGACACAGGCAUUCAGUGCUUAGAAAAAGCAGUUUUAACUUUUUUUCGACAGUCUUUAUUUAUGUUUUGUGUCAUUGUUUUACAUUGUAUUAGUUUCAUCACAGUGUAUCAGUAUGGUAAAAGUAUAGCAGCAUUGACAUUGCGUUUAGACCUUGGAUAACAUAGACACAUUACCAUAACCGUGGGCUUGUCUUUCGAUUCAGUACAAAACUGCUUUCCGCCUCAUGGGCGUUUGUGACCUUCGUUCGCAUUCUCGCGUUUAGUAAAUGAUUUGUGUUCGUGGUUGUCUAUGGUUGUCUGCUGGUGCCUGUGGUAUCAUUGGUUACGUUAAGACCUGCAUUUGCGGUCAUGGUUCGUAUCCCUGACAGGGGGUUGGGUCAUCAGCCCUUUAUUUCGGCUGUACUCGUAGCUGCAAGUUUAGUCGUUGACUAGUUAACCAUCCCGAUCGGUCGUUGUGCCAGUGUUGUGUAUCACGUCUGUAGUUGUAUACAGGUCUACAGACAGUUUUAACUUUUAUUCUUCACUUUUUGGAAAUUGCUCUCCUUUCCAGGUCCUAGUCUGGCCAUCGAUACUGCUUGUUCCUCCAGCUUGUUGGCUUUAGAGAAUGCUUACAGGGCCAUCCACCACGGUCAGUGCAAUGCAGCCAUCGUAGGAGGUGUCAAUGUGCUGCUGAAGCCCAAUACCUCUGUACAGUUCAUGAAACUUGGAAUGUUGAGUCCUGACGGAACCUGCAAAUCAUUUGAUGCUUCCGGUAAGAGAACAUUAAACAUAUAGAAUGUAAAAUAAUGGCUUAUAAAUAAAAAGAGCAGAAUGAUAGCUCACAUCAACAAAGGGUAGUAUGAUGGCUUGUGUAUGUAUAAACUAAAAUAAUGACAUGUAUAAAGAGCAGACUUAUUGCUCACAUUUAUAAAGAGCAGAAUAAUCGCUCACAUGUAUUUAGAGAAGAAUAAUGGCUUACAUAAAAAGAGCAAAGUUGUAAAUAGGAAGCAAUCAACUGUAGACUUCACUUGGUUUUCCGUAUGCUCUCAUCCCCACUUAUGUGUGCACAUGUAGCAUUGUUUAUGUGUGUGCUGACGUUAUGUGAAUGAACGUUACAUCUGAUGACAUUGCCUCUUCGUGGAUACUGAGGUUUAAAUUAUCCCUGUUUGGCAAUAAAUGUGUUACCGUCACAGGAGCUUUAGCUUAAAGUCUGUGUGUGGCUGAUUGGCUGCCCAGGGUUCCAAUUUAGAACUUUGACAUGUACACAUCUGUGCAAACUGCAGGUGGCUCUGUAACGUAUUGCUGUGCACUAAUUUGGGGUACAAAUCACAGGUGGGUAAAGGAUCAAUUAUAAUAAAUUAGUUCAAAGUCGCAUGAAUAAUUUUUCAAGUUCACAAAUGUACAAUCCCUCUAAUUAUAGUGGUUAACAAGGUGGAUUCAAUGUCCUUACAGCGGAAUUCUAGGACCAUGUCCUCUGGUUUUCCACCGACAGGGUUAGUAAGCAUACUGGAACAUUUCUUUAAGUCAGCUUCUCUAUCCUCAAAUUCGAAAUUCACUUUAUAUUCUUACUCAUGUAAAUAGAGCUGUAACAGAGAAAGCCAGGUAGGACAUUUAACCAUUAGCUGUUAAGGAAGUUCAUACAUAAAUUGCCUUUAAUAUUUUCUUGUUAAGACUUGCUGGUUGAUAAGUAGUUUGCUUACGAAAUCAACAGCUGUCGCUCAUGUUUUGCUUUUUAUCCUUUACAAGGAAACGGGUACUGUCGCUCCGAAGCCGCUGUCGCAGUAUUAGUCACUAAGAAGUCUUUGGCAAAACGAGUUUACGCAACUAUUGUAAACGCAGGAAGCAAUACUGAUGGAUAUAAAGAGCAAGGUGUGUUGUAUAGAAUCAUAUAUUCUCAUUAUCUACCCUUAUAAAUAGUUUAAAAAAGAUAUAUAUGUUACAAUAGGUAUAUUUAAAUCAUAUCACAUACAACAGUAACAUCAAUAAUUUAAGGACCACGAUAGUGUCAGGAAAACAAACUCGUUUUCCUGACUCUAUAUCAGUCACUUACCUUAAUCCAGCACCGGGCUCCCUCAGUGCUGGUGACCUCUCCUCCCCCCCUCCCGACGUCAGCUCCCGAGAGGGGAGCCGAAUGUGCAUGCGCGGCCAGAGCCGCGUGCACAUUCUAACCGCCCAUAGGAAAACAUUACUCAGUGCUUUCCUAUGGACGUUCUGCGUGCUCAAUGCGAUUUUCGCAUUAAGCGACGCUGAAGCAACUCUAGCGGCUGUCAGGAAGACAGCCACUAGAGGCUGGAUUAACCUCAAAUGUAAACAUAGUAGUUUCUUUGAAACUGCUAUGUUUACAGCUGCAGGGUUAAAACCUGGGGGACCUGGCACCCAGACCACUUCAUUGAGCUGAAGUGGUAUGGGUGACUAUAGUGGUCCUUUAAGAUCAGUUGCAGUAAUAAACUAAGCGCAGACACAUAUAUGUCAGUUAUUUGAAAUUAAGAUAUUUGUACAUAUAAAUAAAUAUCAUUAUAAAUUAAAAUGUCAACAAAAACUCGGUGCUUAGUAAAAAAAUCAUCAGGUAUCAGUGAAAUGCAAGCAUGUUAUCUGCUGCAUAUUUACCCACAAAUGUGUGCAUUGACACAUAGUCCUCCCCCCUAGUACAAUAAGAUAUUUAUGUCCGGUCACUGGGAGUAAAUGUUAACACAUAUUUCUCAACUGUUUGAAACAGUCAUUUUGAACUUAAUCCCGGUCAUACCACCUUACUAGUAAAUGUUGUUGGAAUAAUGAUAUAUAUCUGCCUACAUCAAAUCUUCAUAGAAUAUAAAAUUGUUCUAUAAUUGUAAAUCGCUGCAGAAUAUGUUGUCCCUAUAUAAAUUAUAAUAAUAAUAAUAAUUUGAGGGUCGUCUUAAUUCUAACAAAAUCCAGGGAGCCGUCCAUCGUUUACUUUUUCUUUGUCAACAGGUGUGACGUUCCCAUCUGGAGAGAUCCAACAACAAUUGCUGACCUCUCUUUACAGAGACGCGGGGAUCCCGACCAGUGAGGUUGAAUAUGUGGAAGCCCAUGGCACAGGCACAAAGGUAAUAGAAAACGUCUCCUAAGAUUGUCAUGAUUUGCUCUCCGUAGAUGGUACAUUUACUUGGGAUCCCAUCCAUUUUAGUGCCACAUGCCUUCAGCUGAACCUCAUAUGACUCGGUGUGUUCUUCAUGUUUUCCUCUGCAGGUUGGGGAUCCUCAGGAAGUCAACGGCAUUGUCAGUGUAUUUUGCACAUCAGAUCGGGAACCUCUGUUAAUCGGAUCCACCAAGUCUAAUAUGGGACACCCAGAGCCGGCCUCUGGUCUUGCUGCUUUGGCCAAGGUAAUAAGGCUGUUGACUAGAAUACAGAUGACUCAUUAGGACAUUGAUUGUCCUAAUGUGUGUAGCAUUGGGAAUGGAAUUGGGUGAAACGUAGACAGAACUAACUGCCACUCCCAUCUGCCCUAAGUUCAAUACAACGCCCUGGAGAUCCAGUAAUCAGCUGCAAAUAAGUGCAGAUUCAGCAAAUUCCUAUAACACACCUUGUUCGUUAUAAUCACCAAACAUACAAUAUACACCAAAAAUGUUUUUAAUACAUUGCUACAUGUGUCGUUUUUUCCUUUGUCAAUCUUUAUGCCAAAUGGAAGUUGGAACUACAGAUAAAAGAAAAAUGAAGGGCAAUCCUUGAAGUGUCUGUAAUAUAUACUUACUCCAUGUCACACUUUCCUGGAUUAGUAGACUGGAAUUAAUGAGAAAUGGAAUAUUUUUUUUAGUGAUGUCUUAUCUUGCACUGGCUUCCCAGCAUUCUAAUUAGAACCUUGCCAUGCACAGGGUAUAUAUAGACAUACAUCUUGGUUUCUGUAGUAUUUUGCUAUGAAAAGUCAGUAUUGUAUGGAUCUAUGACAUGCAACUAAUAUUGUGUAAUUUUGUCUUGUUUCAUCAUCUCUUCUGAAAUCCAGGUAAUUCUUUCCCUGGAGCAUGGAAUCUGGGCUCCAAACAUUCACUACAAAAACCCAAACCCUGAGAUCCCUGCCCUGCAGGAUGGACGUAUCAAAGUUGUGUCUGAACCCACCCCAGUUAAAGGCGGAAUUGUUGGUAUCAACUCUUUUGGUUUUGGUGGAUCAAAUGUGCAUGUCAUUCUCAAACACAAUGAGAAGAAGUCCUCCGAUCAGGUAACCCUUCCACUUCCUCGACUGGUCCAAAUCUGUGGAAGGACACAAGACUCAGUGGAGAGCCUGUUACAGCAAAGUAGAGACCUGGCUACUGACAAUUUCAUACACUUAUUGAAUGAUAUAUCUGGGGUUUCACCGCCAGCCAUGCCAUAUCGAGGUUACACAAUUGUGGGAACAGACAGUGACAUUAAGGAGGUCCAACAGGCGCAGUCCUCUGGAAGACCCCUCUGGUACAUCUGCUCAGGUAUAUCAAAAUGACUUUCUAAUAUAUUUGCUCGUCAUUCCUUUCUAUGCCAAAAACAAAUGCAGUGUGAUAGAUAUUGAUGGCAUAUCUGGAAAAAUAUACCAGUUGCAUGCUAGGAAAAAUAAUUUGGUGAAAAUGGUGAUAAAGUCAGGUUUGGUAGCAAAAUACUUAAGCAGACUUUCUAAUUUGGAACUGGCAAGGGGCCUCCACUCAGUCACCAGCAAUAAAAAAAACAGACUCUUCUGAAUUGCUUUAUCAUGUUAACAAAAUGUUAUUGUGGUCACCACCAAGAUAGGUAGAUUGUUUGCCCUUAUAAGUUUCUUUAUAGAAUAGGUCAUCCUUUAAAUAAUAAUAACUGGAGGUAAUAUUGAUCAAACUAGGCUUAACAAUAUUAACUGCACCUGGAGGUGAAGACUGAUGUAUGAUGAGAAUGUCAUUGACUCGCGUAAAAACUAUCACUUUUAUAAACUUUGUAGGAAUGGGAACACAGUGGAAAGGAAUGGGCCAUAGCCUUAUGAACCUUCCCGCAUUUCGAGAAUCUAUCCUGCGCUCUGAUGAGGCACUUAAGGGAACAGGGUUGAAAGUGUCUGAGCUUCUCCUGAAUGCAGAUGACAGCACCUUCGAAGACACAGUCCAUGCUUUUGUGGGUCUUGCUGCUAUCCAGGUAGGAAAAUUAUAUUUCAGCUCUAUGUAGGCUCUCGAGUUGGUCACCAAAAUAAAAUGACACACUCUGAUCAGCCACAACAUUAAAACCACUGACAGGUAAGGUGAAUAACAUUGAUUAUAUCAUUACAAUGGCACCUGUCAUGGUGUGGGGUAUAUUAGGCAGCAGGUGAACAGUCAGUUCUUGGAUUUAUUGUGUUGCAUCUGAGUGACUUUGACAAGGUCCAAAUAGUGAUGGCCAGACAACUGGGUCAGAGCAUCUCCAAAACGGCAAGUCUUAUGAGAUAUUCUCAGCACGCAGUGGUUAGAGCUACCAAAACUUGUGCAAGGAAGAACAACCAGUGAACCGGCACCAGGAUCACGAGCGCCCAAGGCUCAUUGAUGCAUGUGGGGAGCAAAGGCUAACCCGACUGGUGAAAUGACACACAAGAGCUACUAUAGCCCAAAUUGAUGAAAAACUUAUUGCUUGACAUUAUAGAAAUAAAAUUGGAACUAAGUUGUUAUGGUGGCAGUAGGUCCCUGGCUCUUACUUACCUCCAAGGGUUAAACCGUUAACAAAAGGUUUAACUCCAAAGUCUUCCUGCGUUGGUCAACUCUGCCUCUGAACGUCCGUUACAGUCUAAGGAGUCAAACAGGAAGCCUUGAUCAGAGGUGCUCAGCCCAUCAGUAGCUCCUAAUUCACAAAACCAAGAGAGAAAAUGUGUGUAUUCUUCUCACUCCGAUUUGUGAAUGGGGAGCUCCUGAUAAGCUGAAAGAAAUUGUUAUGGUGCCAGAAGUGCCUGUUGGUUUAAAAAGACAGACACCAGAGUUUCCUUUAAUCUGCAGAUUGCCCAGAUUGAUUUGCUUAAAUCAAUGAAACUAGAACCAGAUGGAAUCGUUGGCCACUCGGUUGGAGAAUUAGCUUGUGGAUACGCCGAUAACUCGCUCAGCCAUAACGAGGCCAUUCUCGCUGCUUAUUGGAGAGGUCGAUGCAUCAAGGAGGCCAAACUUCCUGCUGGAGGAAUGGCUGCUGUUGGUAUGUAAAAUACACAAGAAACGUCUCCUGAAAUUGAAAUGUAACGUUAACUAUCACAGUCUUUUUUUUAUAUAUUAUAAGGGUUUUUUUCCUGAAAAGACAAAGAAUUUUUCUUAGAUGUAUAUAAAUUCAAAGAAACAUUGUGCAUAAUCAGAUUGUGAGACCCAAUACAGAUGUUUAGAAUGUUUUUUUUUUUUAAAGGGGCAGCAUAUUUCUUUCCUUGAUUGCUUCCAAAUAAUGUAAACCAAAUUUAAUGAGCUGAUAAUUAAAGGUCAAAUGUGUUGUCCAUUUAUUAUGAAUUAUUAAAUUGUUCUUCUGCUUAGAUUAGUAUUAGCCAUCUUGUUUUGCAUAAUUUGGGAGACCAUUGUUAUAAUUUUAUGUAUAGAAAUGUUUAAAAAAAAGAUUAAGUAAAUCAAUGCCUCAGCUGUAAUCUGUGAUUGUGAGGAAAACAAAAUGGCUGCUCCCAAUAGUGUUAGUGUGUUAGGUUCGCCCAAAUAUAGUUUUAACUCUACCCCACGUAUGCAGGUCAGGCUGCAUAUUUUUAAAGGUAAUAAAUCCCAGGUGUCUGUUGGGAAAACUCUUCUAGCUGUUAGUUUUUAUAAUUUCUUGAGCUCUGUAAAGUUAUGGAGCAUUGUUCCUCACAAGUUAUUGGUAGAAGGUGACCAUUUCCAUAGGUUGCAUAAUAUUUCUGAAUCCUUUCAGGUUUAACUUGGGAGGAAUGUAAAAUUCAGUGCCCACAGGGAGUGGUGCCAGCCUGCCAUAAUUCCGAGGACACUGUCACCAUAUCAGGUCCCCAGGUGAGAUCUUUCUCUGUGAUAUUUUAGGUACCGAGGAUGAAAAAGUCCAUAAAUGCAAAGUAUGGUAGACUUGUUAUCCACAAAUAUUUAUAUCUGCUUUAUAUUAUUAAAAUCUAAUCUUUAUAUUUUGUUAGACAAGUCUUGAUAAAGUACAUAGAUUUAAAGGCACGCUUAACUAAUUCAUUCAGCCACUAUUAAUAUGACCUCCAUGGUACAACACUUUUAGUGACUGCUUACCAUUUUCCAGACAUUCUAUUGAAUCCUUCAUUUAGUUACUGUUUUCAGACAUUCUAUAGAAUCCUUAGUUUAGUUACUGUUUCCAGACAUUCUAUAUAAUCCUUCGUUUAGUUACUGUUUUCAGACAUUCUAUAGAAUCCUUAGUUCAGUUCUUCAGACAUUCUAUAGAAUCCUUAGUUCAGUUCUUCAGACAUUCUAUAGAAUCCUUCAUUUAGUUUUUCAGACAUUCUAUAGAAUCCUUUGUUUAGUUCUUCAGACAUUCUAUAGAAUCCUUUGUUCAGUUCUUCAGACAUUCUAUAGAAUCCUUUGUUUAGUUCUUCAGACAUUCUAUAGAAUCCUUAGUUCAGUUCUUCAGACAUUCUAUAGAAUCUUUUGUUUAGUUCUUCAGACAUUCUAUAGAAUCCUUAGUUCGGUUCUUCAGACAUUCUAUAGAAUCCUUUGUUUAGUUCUUCAGACAUUCUAUAGAAUCCUUCAUUUAGUUCUUCAGACAUUCUAUAGAAUCCUUCAUUUAGUUCUUCAGACAUUCUAAAGAAUUCUUCGUUUAGUUCUUCAGACAUUCCAUAGAAUCCUUUGUUUAGUUCUUCAGACAUUCUAUAGAAUCCUUAGUUUAUUUCUUCAGACAUUCUAUAGAAUCCUUUGUUUAGUUCUUUAGACAUUCUAUAGAAUGCUUGUCUUACAGACUGUUCUCAAGAGUUCUAUAAAACACACAGUUCCACAGUUUAAUACAUAAUUGUUCUAAUUAUUCUCUUGUCUUGGUUCACAGUGUAAUACAGAACUGACUUUGUUGUAUCGGUUUCUCUUGGUUAUGUAAUAGGAUUCUGUUCGGGAAUUUGUUGCAAAACUGAAGAAGGACGGGGUGUUUGCCAAAGAGGUUCAGAGUGCAGGAGUGGCCUUUCACUCAUAUUACAUGGAAUCUAUUGCUCCGGCUUUGCUAAACGCAUUGAAAAAAGUAAGUUAAUAGACUUGGGUGCUACUGGGACCAGGGCUCGGGAUUAGGACUCAAGUGGGAGGGACCCCACCUAUUUAGCUCCCAAUGUAGGCCUUGUGAGUAAUGAAUUAUUAUAACUCAGGUCCAUCCCUGCUUUCCAAGAAUAAAUCCAUACAAUGUAGGUCAGCAUUGUCCACAUUAUUAUGGUUUCAUCAUGUAGGGCUCUAAUAAGAUAUUGCAAGAAACGCACAGGAUUCUGGGAUAUCGCUAGGAAAUAUGAGCAUGUACUUCAACUGGGUAAACUCAUAAUCAUGCCUAGCCAGGAGUGGACUUUUCGCCCUGUUUAUAGCCAGGUUUAAUAUUUAAUUCAGAAGUCUGAGAGUCUUUUGUGGACAGUAGAACCACCUGCCUAAUAAUGAAUAUUUAAUAGAAGGGUAGUCAGUUUAUUUGAAUAGAAGAAAAAUACUGCUAUUUGUACAAUAAAGUGGUUCUCCCGUGGUUGUAAUAAGUAUCAUCAAUGUAUCAUCUUAGGUCAUCUCUACCCCGAAGAAACGCUCGUUUCGUUGGAUCAGCACAUCCAUCCCAGAGUCCCAAUGGCAGAGUGAUCUUGCGCAGUUCUCGUCUGCGGAGUAUCAUGUCAAUAACUUAGUGAGCCCUGUGCUAUUUCAAGAAGGCCUGCAGAGCAUCCCUUCUAACGCCGUAGUUGUGGAAAUCGCCCCCCACGCCCUUCUUCAGGUUUGUAUAUCAGAAAGAGCCAUACGGUUCUGCAGAAUACGAUGUUUUUUUAUAUUGGCAUAUAGUAAUAAUAAUAUUACGGUGUUUUCUUUACUAGAUGUUACUAGAUGUUUUGUACUUUUAGAUGCAUGUUAGUAUCAUGUAGUCAAAGGUGACAGCUGUUCUAGAAUUGAAUGUCCCAUGAUUCUUUGCUAGUGUCAGUGUCAUUGAAUGAUGUAAUGUGGUGACAUUUAAUUAGCGUUAGACAAUGGAUCUCUUAGCGGGAUAUUCAUCGGUCACUGAGUGCAUGACCCAAAGUGAUUUUAUUUUUUUAAAUAUCACAUAUUCAAUACUGAAAUCGUCCAAUAUACGGUGGUUCGAAAGGUAGAUCCCAUCUUUUGUAAAACGACACCUCCCAGAAUACUUUGCCAAUCUUGAGUAGUUCUGUAGCAGCUGAAAAUUCAACCGUCUGCUCUGUAGUUACUGCAAUGGCGAGACCGGUUUGAGUUCCUUUUCUUGCGUUUGUUCUCCAAGAGGGAUCAGUUCCACAUUAUUAUUAUUAUUAUUAUUAUGAUAUUUAUAUAGCGCCAUCAAAUUCCGCAGUGCUUUACAAUGGGUGGACGAACAGACAUGUAGUUGUAACCAGACACGUUGGACACACAGGAACAGAGUGGUUGAGGGCCCUGCUCAAUGAGCUUACAUGCUAGAGGGAGUGGGGUUAAAGUACACAAAAAGGUAAGGAUAGUAUUAGACUAGUGAUAGUUGCAGAAGAGGAAUCAGUCAGGAGCUAUUAAUAGUUUAAUGCAUACGCUUUUAUGAAGAAGUGGGUUUUUAACGAUUUUUUGAAGGAGUGCAAUGCUCAGUGUCAGUGACUACCUGAAGAACGAGUAAAUAUAAAGAUGUCUCUCAUGUUUAUGGAAGCUUUGUUACUGAUUUACCUAGCCAGCAUCAUGAUCCAGCUAUGGCCACUGCUGGUUUACAUCAUCGUCAAACAUUUUCCUCCUUUUUUGCCAAAGCAUUUUGAUUGCAUCAGCAGUUCAAUAAAGUGCAUUGAUCCCUUCCAUUAGGAAAUCAGUAGACUGCCCGCCGAUGCAAUUAAUUUUUUUUUUUGCAUAAACAAGUUCACAGUGCCCAUGGAAAGCCUGCUUUAAAGUGGAACUAUCAUGAAAAAAAUUAACAUUAUCAGAGUUUUUCACUAAAAUGAGAAUUCAAAGUACAUUUAAAGGAACACUAAAGUGUCAGGAAUACAAACAUGUAUUCCUGACACUAUGUUCCUGGGAAGUAAGUUUACAUCCCUGACCCCGCUCUGAUUGAGCGGAGAAGGUGAUUUUAGUCUCCCAUACCACGCUGGUCUCAUUGCAGCUGGUCCCAUGUCGCUUGGCUUCCAUGGUUUAGAUCAGAAAACUUGAUGAACUCAGCCAAUCCAAUGUAUUCCCACAGUAAUGCAUUGGAAGGCUAUUGUGCAUGCGCGGCAAAACGCUGUGCCAAUUCGCAUCUCCUCACACAGAUGCAUUGAAUUAAUGCAGAGCGUGGAGACACUGAAUGCCAGUGCUACACACUAGGAAGCACCUCUAGUGGCCAUCUGAGUGACUGCCACUAGAGGCGUUACUAGCCAGGAAUGUAAACACUCCUGCAAGGACAGGCGAUAGACACCAAGCUGUAGUGGUUCUGGUGACAAAAGCGUCCCUUUAAGGCCAAAAUAAUCGGAACUGGAAAAAUUCUCUAAGUCAGCUACACGUUCACUUCGGCUACUUUGACCCAAAAUGUGAAAUGCACUUUGACUUCAAACUUUUGUGAAUAACGUUGUAUAUUUUGUAGCUUACCUUACUAUAAACUAGUUUGGAAAGGUUUAAUGACCAUAUCCUUUUAGUUUAAAGGAUAUUGUCAGUUUUGGUUAAUCGCCCUCUCUCCAGUGUGAGCUGCUGUGCUCACUGAGUAUUCUACACACAGCAAUCGGCAUGUCUAACUGCUUGGAUCAGUGGCAGCAACCGAAUAUGCACUGCUUAUAGAAGGGAUACCGACGCUCGCUCAGUAGAGAGACUGGAAAGCGUAAUAUUAACCCCAAUAUCUUUUAACCCCAAUAUCUUUGAAAAUAAAGUUCUAUGGCCAUUACACAAUAGCAGAGUGGUACAAAUCAAUAUACUUUACUGAGAGGGUAGUGGAUGCAUGGAAUAACCUUCCAGCUGAAGUGGUAGAGGUUAACACAGUGAAUGAAUUUAAGCAUGCGUGGGAUAGGCAUAAGGUUGUCCUGGCUAUAAGAUAAGGCCAGGAACUAAUGAAAGUAUUUAGAAAAUUGGGCAAAUGGUUCCGAAUGGUUCUUAUAAGCCGUCACAUUCUAUGUUUCUAUAUGUGCUGCAACAUGUCAACAAUAUUUUCACAUGAUAGUUUCUCCUUUGAUUUCCUAUGUAACUGGGGGAGGAUCAAAGUGGCCAGAUUUUGAAACCUUCGUCUUUUUAAUAUAUGAGUUGUGAGAGGUACUGUGACUAUCUAAUUUUCUUCUCCAAUUUCGAUUCUUCUGUUUAUGUCUUUCAACGUCCUUUACUCUAACAGGCCAUUUUAAGGAGAAGUUUGAAUUCAACCAACACAAUUCUUCCUCUAAUGAAAAAAGGUCACAGCAACAAUCUUGAGUUCUUCCUGACAAACAUCGGAAAAAUAUACCUCAGCGGGUAAACAAGUCUCACUCUUUUCUUUUUUUUUUUAUAUGAAAGUAUUUAUAUUUUUCAAAGUGUGACAAAUGAUUUGAAUUUAUGUUAAUUUUAAAUAAUGAUGCAUAAAACAGACUGGAAUUUAGAUGAAUAACCUAUAAUAAUCCCAAAUAGCUUCUGAGAAUUUUGCUGUUUCUAAUAUAUGUAUGUUAAUUAUGUAUACUGUUUUUUUUGUUGUUUUUUGUCUUUAUUUUCAAGUCAAUAUUAACAACAACUAAAAAAAAAAAAAAUCAAUUAAGAGAUAAAAUAAAAACAGGGGUUAAUAAAGCAUUCAGUGCCUAGAAUAUACUUAAAACCAGUUAAAAUAUAUCAGACAAACAAAUACCUGUGCGCCAAUGUUUUACGUAACAUAACAUUUCUAACCCUUAAAAGUAGGCUGUUUUUUAUCAUUUUUAAAUAAAUGCUUUAUAAAUACAAGUUUUUGAUAUUAAAUUCCAAUGAUUUCCAUGAUUUCACAGAAUGGGUAUUAUAAAUCGCAUGUUGUUCUCUUUUUGCAGAAUUAACGUCCAGUGUAAUAAUAUUUUCCCCAAUGUGGAGUUUCCGGUUCCUGCUGGCACACCGCUCAUUUCUCCUCUCAUUCAGUGGGAUCACAGCCAGACGUGGGAUGUACCAAAACCAGAAGAUUUCUCUGCCGGCUCAGGGGGAUCUACAUCAGCCACAGUCUACAACAUUGGUAAAUAAUGGCAGUUUUCCUUAAAAAAUAACGGUUUCAGUAAAGGUAACAAUUUUUAAAAAAAUAUUUUUAAAGUAAAAUGAAAAUCUGACAUAUAACCUUAGAGGUUUUUUCUACAUUCUUUUUAAAGAACCCUCACUGUUAUGCCUUGUUAGAUAUGAAUCCUGAAUCUCCUGAUGCCUACAUAAAUGGUCACUGCAUUGAUGGUCGCGUCUUGUACCCUGCCACUGGAUACCUGGUUUUGGCAUGGAAAACAUUCACAAGGUCUUUGGGUGUCGUUAUGGAGCAAACCCCUGUUAUCUUUGAAGAUGUUGCAAUCCACCGGGCUACAAUUCUUCCUAAAACAGGUAACAGUUGUGAAGCAAACAACAUGCCAACAUUCUGUUUAUAACUCUUAGGGAUAAUUCUAAAACUGUCCAAGAAGAAAAAUUUCACAAAUUCUCACGAAAAAUUACUACAUUUAGAGAUUCAUUUAGUAAAAUCACAUAAAAAAAUGCAUCUUUGUUGUUAAGGCAGCACAGUUUAAAGAAAAACCCCAAAAAGAUAAUGAAUUUAAUUGUCACACCUGUCUAGGUUCUGUCCAAUUGGAAGUCCGUCUCAUGCCCGCAUCUAAACGGUUUGAGGUUUCGGAAAGUGGGAACCUGUCCGUCAGUGGUAAGUUAAAACCUGAUUUGAAGAAAACAGAAUCUGUUACUGAAAUUCGGAAAAUAAAUGAAUCCAUUUCAACCUCUGCAGGCAAGAUAUCCAUUCUGGAAGAAAACACCUUGAAUGAUUUCCGAAAUCAGCUCAUCGAUUCACUCGACAAAAAACAAGAUAAUGAGCAGGGCUUCAGCUUAACCGACAAAGAUGUUUACAAAGAACUAAGACUCAGAGGUUAUGAUUAUGGUCCCAGUUUCCAAGGGAUCAUUGAGUCCAGCAGUUCAGGUGAGUAACAGGGUAGGUGGUAGUAGAGUCUUAUUGUAUUUAAAGACAGAUGGAUGUUAUUGACGUAAGUCUCAAAGCUAUGUUAGUUGCUAUAGACUCUAAUAAAGGCGACAUUGUAUUAAUGAUGCUUCGUACACACAAUCUAAUUAUUGAAUUUUACUUUUAGGAGACAAUGGAAAGCUGUUGUGGACUGGGAACUGGAUCACUUUCCUGGACACAAUGUUGCAAAUGAUGGUGCUGGGAUUUAAUGGACGCAGCCUCCGUCUACCUACAAGAAUUUCUUCUGUUUGUAUCGACCCCAAGACACAUGAGGAACAUGUACAUGUACAUCAAGAAGACACAAAAGGUGCAAUAUUCAUUGGUGGUGUUUUAUCUAGGAAGGCAGAGGUGGAAAAAGGGUAGCGUCUCCCCAUUUUUGAAGAACUACAAAUCACAUGCAUCUUUGCCAUUCUGGAGCUCGGGCUAAAAUAGCGGGGAACCUGUAUUUAAUCCAUCUCUAUAUUAAGGGUUCUAGAUGCAGCCACAAAGAGUCCAUUUUAAAUGUAAAUGUCAUUUGAGGUAGUUGAUGGUCUAACUCCCUUAUUUGAUGUGCACAUGCUUGUUUUGUUAAUGUGGUAUCUAACGUGGCACAUCGCACAUACCAUCUUAGUGGUCCUUGAAGUGGAGGCAUGUGGCAUGACAGAUUUUCACUAUAUCUAUUUUGCUGGCUUGCUGCUCAAUUUGUUCUUCUUUGUUUCUGUUCUGUCGUUGCAGCGGUUCAAGUGACAAUUAACAGAUGCUUGGAGCGGAUUGUUUCUGGAGGCGUUUUGAUAUCAGGGCUGCAUGCCACCACUGCCCCGCGUCGCCAGCAGCAGCAAACACCGCCAACUCUAGAAAAAUAUACCUUCACCCCUUACAUCGAAGAUGGCUGUCUACAAGGAGAUAUUCAUCUGUGUUCCCUGCUUGCACAAUGCACAGGUACUAGUACAAUACAUAGUGUCAGUACUCUGUACAGCACCUAGUAGAAUACACAGUAUCAGUACUUUGUAUAGCACCACGUACAAUACACAGAAUCUGUACUCUGCACAGGUACUAGCACAAUGGACAGUAUUAGAACCAUAUACAAGUAUUAGCACAGUAUCGGUAUCCUGCACAGAUUUGAAAGGAAUGCUGUUAUACUGGUUACAGUAAGUACAUUUCUUGCUUUAUCCUGUAGAUAAAAUCAAAGAGCUGGCCCAUAAAGUAGCCCAACAUGGGCUGAAACUUGAAAUCCCUGGAGUUCAGUCUCAAGGUAAAAGGCAGCAUAAAGCUCUGGACGGCAGUUCCUCAGGCAAGGGUCUUCUACAUGUCCUCACCGAGAUCUGUAACUUGGAACUAAAUGGCAACCUCCAUUCUGAACUGGAGGUUACUCUGACUAAAGAGAACGAGCAGCUGCGAGAUGAUCCCCUUCUGAAUGGUCUCCUUACUUCCUCUGACCUCAAAACAUGCCUGGAUACAGUUCUGGAGAACAGCAAUCCACGCAAAAUGAAGAUUGUUGAGGUACAUAUAUCCAAGAUUCCUCCCAAAUAUGUGUUUUUAGUUCAUAACACAUCACACAUCCUCUCCCAUUAUCCCAUGUACUGUGCUAACGGUUUGAAGACCAAGAGAGAGGUCACAUUCUAUGUUUCUAUGUUUUCUAUGAGAGUUCUAACACAGUUUCACUCUUUUUUCCUUCCUUAUCUAACCUAUCUGUUUCAGAAUAUGGAAAAGUGAGUCUUUAUUAAGCUUCUUUCCUUUGUUUUUUUCUCUUAGGCAUUGGCUGGAAAUGGUCAUUUGUCUUCUUAUGUAUUCAGAUUGCUAAAUACUCAACCAAUGCUUCAACUGGACUACAUUGCAACGGAUCCAGCCGCCGAGACCCUCUCUGAUAUUGAGGAGAAGCUUAAAGAGUUUGGAGGUUCUGUUGAGCCAUGGGACCCACUGGGACCUGCACCCAAUAGUCUAGCCAAUGCAGACUUGGUUGUCUGUAACUGCUCUGCCCACCUUAUGAAAAACCCCAAACAAGUCCUCUCGAACAUGACGACUGCCAUAAAAGAAGAAGGAUUUAUUUUAGUACACACAUUCCUCAAGGGACACACACUUGGAGAAGCCAUUGCUUUUCUAAGAACGCAAAACCUGGAGCAGAAAGAUGGCCUGCUCUCUCAGGUAUAAUUAUCAAACACUCCAUUAAUACCACUAAUAAUAUUACUGCUCUGUUUAAGAAUUUAUUUCAUUUCUACUCUUAAAUUCGUUCUUCAUAGCUCUUCAUCGUAACGAUAUUUAACAAACAUCAACACAACCUCCCUAAAGUAUCUAAACGUAUUCCUGUAUCCCAUUUACUUCCUGGAAUAUAGUCAAUGUUGUAACCUCACAGAAUUUUUAAACCUUCUCACCACAAAUGCAUAACAUUCUGCUAUUGUAAUCUAGCUAGCUUUUGCUGCAGCUAUCUGACACAGGGCACUGCUGUGAUGUCAAUGGAGACAGAAUUCUAGGCUUGUGUGUAGAACUAGCUUGUAAAAAAACAAAAAACACUGCUUGAGCCGACAUACAAUCUUCACAUGUACUUUUAAGUCACAUUUAAAUGACAGAAUUUCUUCCUGUGACAGGCAGAGUGGGAGGAGUUGUUUGAAAGCUGUUCUCUGAACGUGGUCGCGAUAAAGAGAUCCUUCUACAACUCUGUUAUUUUCCUAUGCCGCCGACGUGCUGAGAAGAAGACCCCAGUGUCUCUAUCGGUUGAAGAUAUGGAAUGCCCUUGGGUAGAAUCCUUGAAGGUUCGACACAUUAUUUUGAUAGUAGAAUGCCAUGGAAUUUUCAGAUUCAGCGCAGGUGGAUUCACAAAAUGUCUUGUUUCCUACAGGAUGUUAUGGCAGAUCCAUUGGAACAACCGAUAUGGCUCACAUCCAUGAACCAAACUUACUCUGGAAUUUUAGGGAUGGUUAAUUGUCUGCGUCAGGAGCCUGGAGGACACAGGAUCAGGUACCCACCAAGCCAUGUUAAAUCACAACAUACAUUAGCCUCACCCAAACAUAUAUGGUGAAUUAUAACAAAAAAAGAUGUAAGCUGACAAUCUCAAACUAAUAUACAGAGAAAACCACAGUUUAUGUUGAAACAACAAAAUUUUAUAAAAAAAACAUGGAUUGCUCAAAGUCAUUCAUAGUUAAGUCUUUGGUCAAAGACCGCUUUUCUUCCAUUUUAGCCCCCUAGGUCUACUUUUCAAUUUUAGUUCAAUCUCUUUUUGGAUUUCUUUUGCUAGAUGCAUCUUUUAUGCGGAUGGGGAUAUAAACGUGCCAUCUAGUGGUGUUCCACAAAAGGAAUUGCUACAGCUUGAGCGCAAUGACCUGGUGAUGAAUAUAUAUCAAGACGGCAAGUGGGGAGCAUACCGCCAUGUUCCAUUACAAAAUGGUGAGACAGCCACAUGACGUAGAGUUUUACUGUGAUGUUAUGUUACUAUGAUGGCAUACCGCCAUGUUCCUUUACAAAAUGGUGAGACAGCCACAUGACAUAGAGUUUUACUGUGAUGUUAUGUUACUAUGAUGGCAUACCGCCAUGUUCCUUUACAAAAUGGUGAGAUAGCCACAUGACGUAGAGUUUUACUGUGAUGUUAAAAUGAAAAUAAAGAAAUAUACAGCCCGCUGUAGUGGGUAUGAUGCCAAGAGUACCCUGGUCUGUUUCCCUGGUAAUAGGGGCAAACUUUUUAGCAACAAUUUGCCCUCUUACCUGGAUCCUCAUUUGGCUCCAAGGCUCUACGCUGCUCUGUUGAUGCACGUCCGGAAAAGAUACAUUGAACAGUUUAAAUAAUAUGUGCGUAUUUCCAAAGUAGUAUUUUUUAAUCCUUUUAUGUUAUGGGGGUUUUUCUUCACAUGUGUCUUGUGUUUAAAGCAGAUCUGUCAUCAGACUAAAAAUGUUGAGUAUUUCAUAAAAAUAGAAUCCUUCUGAAAUACUCACUUUGACUGUGUUGGAAUUUCAUUAAAAUUCUAACACAAGCCAAAGAAAUUAUAAACCCCCAGGUUGACAAAGCUUCACAAAAGGUGAAGAUUCCACCGUUAAUUUUUGUCAUUUCCCUGGCUGUCGAUAGAGACACAUACGAAGUCUAGCAGAUAUCAAGACACAUAACUACCCUAUUAGAUUUAGACAUACAUGUUCAGUAACUCAUGCCCUGUGGCCUAUCCUCUUGUUUCUGCAGAACAAGCUCAUGACGAAACAGCUUUUGCUUUUGUGAAUGUCCUGACACGUGGGGACCUCUCAACUCUCCGUUGGAUUGCUUCUCCUCUGCGUCAUUUCCAGUCAACAAAUCCUAACGUUAAACUCUGCAAAGUCCAUUUCGCCUCCCUCAACUUCAGAGACAUCAUGCUGGCAACUGGGAAACUACCCCCUGAUGCUAUUCCUGGUAAGGGGCAAAGAGAGCCUACCAGAGCUUUAACCCAUUAGAGUACUGUUUGGUCAGUAUGAUAGGGUUUGUAUCACUUACAGGGUCACUCCACUUCCUAAAUUACUAUUAAGUAAAUAUAUACCGCUCCACUGAGCUAAACUACCAGGAAGUAAUUGGACCUGUUGUCUGACUGACAAAAUUGUAACAAGCUUCAUUUAUAAAAGUGCCAAUUUCUAUUGAAAUCUAUACUUUUUGUAAAAUGAAAAAGAGGACACACUCUUCACACACAAAGCAUUUCAUCAAGCUAAAGUGGUUAAGGUGUUUAGAGUGUCCUUUUAAGUCAGCCCUCUCGGUAUGAUACCAUUUUAUUGGUCAAAUCAAGGACUGUAGAAGUCUUUGUUCAGUGAGUACAAUCAUCAGUCCCUUGAUCAAGUCAUAUAUGAUGUCACAACUGUGCCGUGUGCAUGUUACAGAUCACACUCUUGUGGUUGGCUUAAUAGAAGGGUUUUCUGGUCACUAUAGUAAAACCUGACCCAAAACAUAAAUAGUGAUGCUUCUGAACUGACCUUCGUUUACACAAGAUAAAAUAUACAGUUUUACACUUUUCAAAACUACCUGUCUCAAAUGAACAUAUUUUUCACAUUGAACGUGGGUUGUAACCUUGAAAGAUUUUUUUUUUAAAAAGGCCAGAACUUUAAAAAAAAAAAAAUAAUAUGAAAAAAAAAUUAUUUAGCAAAAAUACCCAAACUGUAUUUAUACUUUACUGACUUGUAGAAUUUUUCCAAUUAGAAUAUUUUAGCCCAAAACCUACAGAUUCCCACCGAAAUACCAGUCAAGGAAUUAAAAAUUAAUUCAAAUUUAAUAUCAAAUUUAAGGUAAAAAAAUUGCUACAUUUGAAAAUUUCAAUUGUUCUGCUCCAAAUAUUGAAGCAAAAUGAGCUAUAUUUGCUUAAAUUUUACAAUAUGGAUUUCAAUUCUCUACAAUAAAUUAACCUCUGGGAGUGUUUUGUAUAUUUACUUUGUUGGUUUUAACAGUUUGGAGAUUCACUUGAUGAAAAUCUUCUGUAGGUUAAGUAGGUUAAAUAGAAUAUAUAUUGCUAAUAUUAUACGAAUGACUAUCUUUGCUAGUGGAGAAUACGAUCAGCUAGAUAGUAAUCCUGAUUAUGAAAGGCUUUGCAAAAGUUAAUUCUGUCAUUGCUGUAGGUGACGUGGCGUUGCAGCAGUGCAUGCUGGGAAUGGAGUUUUCAGGUCGUGACUCCGAUGGCAGAAGGGUUAUGGGAUUACUCCCAGCUAAAGGCCUCGCUACAAUGGUAGACGCUGAUCAGCGCUUCCUGUGGGAUGUCCCUGAAAGCUGGUGAGUGCUUCCUUCUUGGGUACCAAAAUACAAACUAUUACAACUUUAUUGAACUGUGUGAUUUCUGUAUGCAAAUCUGCAAAUGCGGGGAUAAUCCAAAAGUAAAAAAAAAAAAAUUAAGUAAUUUAUUGCAAAAUGAAUUAUGCCUUAGAGCAGACUUUAGUUAAACAGAAAUGUUGAUCAAAAAUACUUUUUAAUAUAUAUAUAUAUUUUUCUUUGACUCAACUGACCUUUCCAUUGCACAGUCAUGAACUGAGAAAUUUAUUUAUUUUAGUUUUGAAGUUUUGAUCGUGAAUUUAAAACAUUUUAGUAAAUAUAUAUCAUCUCUGGCACUGUAGUAUCACUUUACUGUGAUUCAGCCAGCUAUAUCAUCCAUUAAUACGUACAUCUCAUACAGUAGUAUAGCUUUAUUAGUCGGACGAGUCAAUGGUGGUUUGCAGUUUUAAGACGGACAGGAUAAACUGAAAGGUAAAUCUGAGAAAAUGCACAAAAUUGCUGCUUUGUAGAAACUACACCUGGUUAGCAACUAUCUAAAUGACUUUUUUUCAAAUAAUUCUGUUCAAUUUCAAUAAAAUUAAAGAAUAUAACAAUUACCUUGAGCUCUGUUUUUUAUCUCUUGGUGCAGUGUGCUGGAUUCGUUAAGCACUGUUUGUAAUUAUACAUCUUUAUAAUAUAAAUAUAAUAUAAUAAUAUUGUACAUAAAAAAUGGCUUACUUACUUUAACUGGAUGUUUAUUUUCUCUCUGCCUGUGAUUAUGAUUUGUGACGUGUAAGUCAAUUUUGAUAUAUUUUCUGAUCGGCAAGAUGUAUAAUUGCAAGCUAUGAGAAAAUACUACUUUACACAAAGUGUAGUAGUUAUAUGGAACAGCCUUCCAGUGGAAAUCGUAAAGCCUAAAAAAAGUAUGGGAAAAAAACUAACAAAGAGUGCUUGGGAUGUGCAUAAGUGGUUUAUCCAUAGCAAAUGGACAAAAAUCAGUCUGAAAAACUAGAUCUGUAUGAAAAUGCUUUUUUUUCCCAUUGUAGGUCUCUGGCAGAUGCAGCCUCUGUCCCCGUGGUCUACGCUACGGCUUACUAUGCCAUGAUUGUUAGAGGACGUUUAAGAAAGGGAGAGAGCGUUCUCAUUCACUCGGGCUCAGGAGGUGUUGGCCAAGCGGCUAUUGCAAUAGCUCUAAGCAUGGGAUGCCGAGUGUUCACCACUGUAGGUAGGUAUCUGCUUGGUCCCAGAGAUAACUAGACUUGACUUUAAAUUCCCUAUACCAAAAGUAGUCAGUGGGCAGCACUUUGGCUGUGGUGAAUGUCCGUAAUGCUCAGGUAUCCUUCAGCUCCUCAAAACAUCUUUUUAUUUUACUACUGGGUCAGUUGGUGGUGGUUUGAGGACCUGUCUCACUCAUCGUGCCGGAAAUUCUGCUCUCAAAUUAUGAAAUUAUAUAAAAUUUCAGGAUCCAAGUUUGGUGGUAGUGUAGGAGGUAUCAGCUGAGGUUUUUCUUCUGGUAUGGGCCUACACUCUGGCUUAGUUGUAGGUCCAAAAUCUGAGAAGAUUUAUGGUGUACAUCCCCACCUUAGACUAAUUCUUUGUCUUUCUCUACCUCUCCAGGUUCUUCCCAAAAGCAAGAAUACCUUCAAAGUAGGUUCCCACAGCUAGAUAACAGCUGUUUUGCAAAUUCCCGAAACACAUCUUUUAAACAACACAUUCUAAAUAUUACCCAAGGCAGAGGUAAGUUGUAAUUGUAUUAUUUUCUUUUAAUGCCAGUUAGCGAAGUUAUGACCAUCACUACAUGAAACCCUUUUAAUUUUUUACUCAGGGGUCGAUUUAAUUUUGAACUCGUUAGCUGAAGAGAAGCUGCAGGCCAGUCUUCAAUGCCUUGCCCGCCACGGUCGAUUCUUGGAGAUUGGAAAAUAUGAUCUGUCCAACAACACUCCUCUGGGUAAAUAAAUAUGUUUCUUUGACUUGCAAGAAAAUUUUGUAAGUUGGACAAUGUUUCUUUCCUGAGUUAUCCCAUUUCAGUCCUUUAUUGCUCAUAUAAUAUAAUAACUUGUUUACAUCAUCUUUUAGGGAUGGCUUUGUUCCUGAAGAACGUGGCCUUUCAUGGAAUUCUACUGGAUGCCCUCUUUGAAGAAGGGAAUAAAGAGUGGGAAGAGGUGUCUGAUCUCCUAAAUGCUGGAAUAAGAGAGGGAGUGGUAAAACCAUUAAAAAGUACCAUUUUCAGCCGAGAUGAAGUAGAACCAGCAUUUAGAUUCAUGGCUCAAGGAAAACACAUUGGGAAAGUGCUUAUUAAGGUACAGCAAAUCAAUGGACUCUACAUAACUUCAUAUACUUCAAAACAACCUGUCAACCUGUAUGUACCAUGUAAUGGAAGAAUAUGAAUUUUCAAACAUAUUUAGGGAAUAAGUAAAGGUGAAGAAGGGAGCUUUUUCGGUAGAAAAACUUAGAUUAGAAGACUAAUUUGAAACAUGACGAUAAAAGACAAAAAAACAUAUAAGUUGAUUUUUUUUACAGGAAGAGUGCAGUGGAAAUUAUAAAGGCAGUUAGACUGACAGGGAAGUAGAUACCUGGGAUAGUGUUACAGUGGAAGUAGUAAAGUUUAAUGGUGAUAUAGAAAGGGUAGGAGAUACAUGGAAUAGGCUUCCAGUGGAAGUAGGUUAGCAAUAAUAAUAAUAAUAAUAAUAACAAAGUAUUUAACCAGGAAAGGUACAUUCACAUUACUCUGGUUUCCAAGUAACAAUGAUAUUGCCUAGCCUGCCAGUGGUAGUAGAAGUGAUUAACCCUGAGUACGGAUUAACUGAUUAAAAUCAAUGUGUAGUUUGCUAACAGGCAGACAAGAUAUUUUUCUAAUCUUUUAGCGCUAUCUAUGUCUCUUUGUUGUAUAACUGCCAUUAUCUUAGCUGGUUUAUUUUAUUGGAAGGUUCGAGAUGAAGAAGUGGAAUCUCUAGGUGAUGCAGAUGUCCUUCUUCCAGCCAUGCCUAGGACAUCAUUCCCUCCAGCAAAGUCUUAUAUCAUUACAGGAGGCCUUGGGGGCUUUGGCCUGGAGUUGGCACAAUGGCUGAUUGAGAGAGGUGCUCAAAAGCUUGUCCUGACAUCCCGCUCCGGGAUACGAAAUGGUAAAUACCAUGACGUACAUACAUCAAAACUCAUCCCUUAUCUGCAGUGGCGUGCACACAAUCCAUGGUGCCCCGGUGCAAAACUGGUCCGUGGGCCCCCCCCCUAUUCCCCCCACCCCCGACAGACACACACACACACUCACACACACAUAGACACAUACAGAUAGAUACAGACACAUACACACAGACACACAUACAUACAAACAGACAGGCACACAUAUAUACACACAGACAGACACACACGCACACAGACACAUACAUACAGACAGACACAUACACACACACAAAAUGUUUGUCAUCCUCCUGUUUCCUAUCUUUAGGUACAGGAGGGUGACUUUCCCUGGAAUUCAGUGGUGGCGCAGGUGGAUGGGAGUCAGAGUUCCCACUCUGACUCCCUGUUCUUCCUCCCGCGCGGGCUUGGUGUAUGCUGGGAGGAGUGAUGUGCGGUCACUAUCUCCCAGCUCUGUGUGAUGUAAUCACAGGGGCCCUGGUCAAGCUGUUAAAGUGCCCAGCGCUGACCGGGCCCACUGACAAUCCAUAUCCAUCGGGUGGCUCUGAGAGCCUGGGCCACCCGAUGGACCCCUUGGACGGUGGCCCCGGCGGUUUGUCGCUCGGGCCCAGGCCGCAAAAGAUGAUGCAACCCCUGCGACCGUGGUAUGUACGCCAGUGCUUAUCUGUAAAUGUUUACACUAAUUAGAACAUACAAAUCUGUCUGUUAUUUUACAGUCCAGCAAUCUUUACGAUAAUUUUAGAUUUAAUAUAUUCCAUUUAUUCCAUUUAUUCCGUCUGGUUUCCAUAGAAACAAACAGACAGACAGCCAUGGAUAUUCUCAAGUGCAGAACUGACUUGGCUAUAUACAUAUAGCCAUACUGGAAAAAUGGUUGAUUUAAAAAAAAUAAAAUGAAUGCACCUAUGUUGUCCUAAACAUUGAUUUUUGUAUUUUUCAGAUUGUAUGAUAUUAUAGUUACAGUCAUUUUUUUUUCUUUUUUUGCCAUUAGGUUACCAAGCAAAACAAAUCCAAAGCUGGAAAGAAAUGGGAAUUACGGUCUUGGUAUCCACCAAGGAUGUUGGAUCUAUUAAGGGGACUCAGCAGCUCAUAGAAGAAGCAUCCCAGCUUGGACCAGUGGGUGGAAUAUUCAAUCUGGCCAUGGUACGCUCCAGCCAAAUCUGUGCCACCCUUGGGGAUGUUUAUAGUUCUGUCCUUGCUUCAACAUAUUAGGAAAACACAGUGGUAUCAGCUUAGAAGAUCAGAACCAUUCAGAAAUUCUCAUCUCCUUAGGGGCAUCCUUUCUGAUCAGACUCGUGUGAUUAUUCCACCUGCCAGAUUCAGAAGAAGGAAUUUGAAGCAAGAGGAGUAAACUCAGAUCAAGAUUAAGGGGGAAGUGAAUUCAGGUCAUGAAAAAAAGGGGUGGUGAUAUCGGGUCCAGAAGAAAAGUAAGGUGAAAACAUGUCUAGAAAAAUGGAGAGGUGGAUUCAGGUUCAGAAAGAGAAUUAACUCAUGUCUGGAAGGAAAGGGUGGUGAACUCAAAUUCAGAAGGGGAAGAGUUUUAGAGUUACGGUCUAGAAGAACAAGGUAACCUCGGGCUUAAGUCCAGAAGAAAGGAAAGUAUUAGAUCUAGAGGAAAGGAGGGGUAAGCCUAGGUCUAGUAGAAGAAUGUUCAUGUCUGGUCCCUAUAGGGUAUGAGGGUGCUUGAUUUGCCACCAAAGAUACAGCCAAACAGACUCUCUACGUAGGACAAAUGUCACUAAUUACAAACUUUGACAUUUUGCAGACAUCGUAUAACAUCAUAUAAACUACCCAGUAAUAUUAAUACCAAGAUUUACAAUUACUGCUGACUAAAUAUCUUUUUUUCACACAGGUUCUGAAAGACGCCAUGAUUGAAAACUUAUCUCCAAAUCUCUUUCGAGAAGUAAACAAGCCAAAGUACAAUGGCACACUAAAUCUGGACAGGUAAAGGCAACACACAAUUAGCAAAACUCCACAAAAUAAGCAUUAUAGAGAUUACUUAUUCGCAAAGCAACCUUUGUGCACUCGCUUACAAAGGUCAGGAUAUUAUCAAUAUCCCAACUAGAACAUAAUUAAGAAAUUCCUACAUUUUGGGGGCGUUUUUGGGACCUGGUUAGCGGAUAACAAUAUAUGCAUACCAAUUAUUUAAGUUGUGAAUAGGGUCGGUAGGUUUUAAUUUCUUCUUUGUGUUCAUUUCCAGCUUCAUUGCCUGGUCCAGCUAGGAUUAACUACUAUGUUUAUAAGUGGGUUAAUCCAGCCCUCAAAUCCUCUAGUGGCUAUCUCAUUGACAGCCGCUAGAGGCGCUUGCGUGAUUCUCACUGUGAAAAUCACAGUGAGAGCACACAAUCGUCCAUAGGAAAGCAUUGUAAAUGCUUUCCUAUGCGACCGGCUGAAUGCGCGUGCAUUCAGCCGAAUGGGAGGAUCGGAGGAGGAGAGCUCCCCACCCAGUGCUGGAAAAAGGUAAGUUUAACCCCUUUCCUCUCCCCAGAGCCCGGCGGGAGGGGGACCCUGAGGGUGGGGGCAUCCUCAGGGCACUAUAGUGCCAGGAAAACGAGUAUGUUUUCCUGGCACUAUAGUGGUCCUUUAACCCCUUAAGGACACAUGACAUGUGUGGCAUGUCAUGAUUCCCUUUUAGAUUUAGCAAAAUAAAAGCCUAUUAUGGAAGUAAAGUGACAGGGUAGUGAAGGGGUUAACCCUAAAUAUAAAUAUAGUUAAAAAGAAGAGGAAGGAGAACACUACCAAGGGAAUGUGUAUAUUCUAAAAUUUAACUUUUAAUGGUGAACGCAAUAUAAAGUGAUCAUUUCACAUAUAUAAUCAUAGUCAGUCUAGAUAUAUACAUACCAAGACACGAAAAGAUAAUACGAAAAAAUGUAAGAUUUAAAACCAAAAGACAGUAUCUAGAUGUCAGGGAUGUGAAUAACAGAGUAUUAAGCAGAGUAUUAAGGUAUUAGGAGGGAUCGAAGAAAUUAGUAAUUGAAAAACCCUGGGGUUUUUCUUCGAUCCCUCCUAAUACCUUAAUACUCUGUUUUGAAUAUUUUUAUUGUAUGCAUAACGUAGGUUCAUACGUCAAACCGAUUUGUAAUAAAGCAAGUGAUUGCCCACGCAGGGGCUUAAGCAUUGGUUCAACACAGUAUAUACUUUUGGUUGCCUGCGCAGAGGCGGACUGUGUUGUCUUUUUAGUUCGGUGAGAGCGUUAAGUAAGUGUUUUGUGCUAACUGGUGUGUGCAAGUGCUGCGUGUUUGCUAGUUAGUGAAUGCAAACUGUCGCCUGUGUGGAGGCAAAUUAACCAUCUUGCUAAUUAGAGUCAGACUGAAAGCAAUAAUCUAAAAUACAAAAACUUUUCCCAACUUUUAACAUAUGGGGCAUAUUUGUUCGUAGUCUGCAGUGCGUUAAUAUAUAACAAAGCUAUCUGGAUAUCAGGCUUACAGUAAUUAGCUGCGGUCAGCUAUUUAGUAUGUAUUAGUGGACAUUAUCAACCUUUGGUCCCUAUGGGCAUUAUAGCAUAAACUGUACAUUCCUUUGGCAUUUUAAACCUGCGAAAUAUGUAAAAGCUUAAAAAAUGAAUGCAACUUUUAAGACACAAAUGCGAGCUAUCAAUCCACAGGGUGGCUCUGAAUGCGUCAAUCUGAAAUAAGCUGUGGCUAGUCAUGCAAUAUACGUAAUGAAGUAUAUAGGCAAACAAAAACAUUAAUAGGGACCGUAACCAUAUGGAAGCAAGGUUGGCAGGAACUUGAGAGGGGGCUGUAUGGCAGUCUGAGGGAGGCUCAACAUGUCUCCGCUACGAUGCAGUCCUCCGGUCACCGAGCCUCCGUCCGUUCACCCCACACCGCCCCCCGCCCACCAGACAGGUCCUCCGCAGCGCCGUGGGCACUCAGGGGCAGAGAUUGUCCACUGGACCCCACCACAAAGUCCACAACUCUCCCGCCCCCUGCACCUCCCCAGUACCACGUUGUUCCCUAUGGAGCAAGCACCCCCUUGUCUCUCCCAGUGCCGGUCUCACACUUAAAGCUGGUGCCCAGCCCCCCCGGCCACCGGUCCGCCGGCAGGGCAGCGCACUCCCGCCCCACAGGGCUCACGACACCAGGGACAUAAUUCUCCGGGGACCUCCAUACCCAGAGACUGGGGUACUCACUGCUCCAGUCGGCUUGUGGGCGGCGUGUAGGCCCCGUCCAGCGCUCAGUAUCGCCUGGGCCUGCAUGAGCUGACCAUGCCAGUCCCCCUCAUUACAUUUUUACGUGGUCCUCUGGGUGCGUUGAGCCGUGCCGGAGCAGUUCCAUAAGAAUGCAGGUGGUCUUUUUCAUUUCAGCUCCUGGUCUGUCUCCCAAGGCUGACGGAUGACCAUCUUUCAGGGAGUGAGCAGCCUCCGUUCAUUCGGGGUCUGUGUGUCUCCACACUCUAGCUCUCCUCUCCCUCCGUGUUAAUGACAGUUUCUGCUGGCUUGCUGAUUCUCAUGCAGCUUUUGCCAGUGUAGGCGGCCAGCGCACACCCCACGCGGGAAUUCCCGCCGUGGCAUAGGUCACCGCCAUGCGGCCGGGAUAACCCCCACCGGCCGGGGGGGGGGGCAGGGCCGUGCCCCGGGCCGGGUGUGCAAAGGGAACCAUCUGUGCGGCGUCUCUCCCGCUUAAAUGUUUCAGGGCUGCGCCUCUCUGUGGCGUCCCGCCGCGUGGCGUUGUCUCGGCCGGAUGCUCUGCCGCGUGUAGGCCGGUCUCGCCCUCCGUUGCCCGUCCAGCUAGUGGUGUGCUUCUUGCCGGCAUCCGAGGUGCGCUGGGGUCGUUCCCUGUUAGUUGUUGUCGGGAUAGCCGACUUCUUAGCAGUCUUUUGUGCCUUUUUGCUCAGGUUAAUGCCGGAGCCCAUGUAUAGUGCGUCUGUUCGGCCCGGCGGCCCGGCCCCGCCCCUACCUUAAUACUCUGCAUUUGCAGAGAUUACUCCUUAUUUAAAAGACUAUAUCUUGGUUAAGAAUUUUUUAGACAUUAGGUGCAUUGGGAGGUGAACUAAUGAUUUAGCCGUUUAUACCAUUUAUGGCUAUAACGCUCGUAGUAUAUUGACACUUAACAAAGAUAUCACAGGAUACCACUUUGGAUUCUGUUAUCUAGACGCUAGCUAGCCAGUCUUAUAAUUUGGUAUAUCUUUUAGAGAGGUGCCCUUGAAGGCACAGUUAUUCACUAUAGAUAAUUUCUGUCUUCUCUCUCUUCUUUUCAAUUACUUGCAGUUAGCUUCUCUGCCUGAUAGGUGCCCACGAAGGCACAGAUAUACUUCUAUUUUCCAACUAUAUCCACUUUUGGGGUCUUUACAGUACGGAUUAUUUUUAGAAGUUGUCAUCUUAUAUAUCUUUAUAUCACAUUUAAGAACAACUAACUGCAGUCUAAUAGCCAUAUUAGACGGCUCCGCUUAUGUUGUGAUAUCACUGGAGCGUCUAACUUUCGUUCGUUUCGAUUACAGCUUACAGUAGCAGACGUUUUCUUUCCAUUUUGCUAAGCUUGAUUAAGAAUACUUGGGACACAUUGAAAGUAUUCUUUAUAAAUCACUGUACCAGACGUUUCCUUUGUUAUCUGUAAAGUCUGAUUUACUGUAACAAAAUACUUCAGAUAUAUUGCAACAGUAUCAUUACAGCAGACAUAUUUUCUUUUCCUUUUGCAAAACUUAACUAAGAAUACUCUGGACACAUUGGAAGUAUUCCUUGUAAAUCACAGCAGCAAAACGUUUUGCUUACUAUUUGCAAAGUCUCAUUAACUUUAACAAAACGUCUUAGAUACAUUGCAAUAGUAUCAUCAUAGCAGACAGUUUCUAUUUAUUUAUACAACAUUGUUAUUCACAUCCCUGACAUCUAGAUGCUGUCUUUUGGUUUUAAAUCUUACAUUUUUUCAUAUUAUCUUUUCGUGUCUUGGUAUGUAUAUAUCUAGACUGACUAUGAUUAUAUAUGUGAAAUGAUCACUUUAUAUUGCGUUCACCAUUAAAAGUUAAAUUUUAGAAUAUACACAUUCCCUUGGUAGUGUUCUCCUUCCUCUUCUUUUUAACUAUGAUUCCCUUUUAUUCCAGAAGUUUGGUCCUUAAGGGAUUAAGGAACAGUGUACACAUGCACAAAAAAUAUUUUUUUUUACAAGGGUACAUAAAAUCACCUUUCUUAGCAAACAAAUAAAAAGAUUUAGUUACAGCAUACGGCCACAUUGUGUUAAGCCCACAACUACGUCACAGUACCCUAAUAUCGGUGGGUCCUAUGCUAGUUUAACAUGCUUACAGCAAUAUUUACUGCUUCCAGAAACUCUCCUCAAAUGUAUGUUUUCACCUGAUCACCUCCAAAGGAGUGCCUGGAGUAGAGGGGUGGUCCACCCAACCUAAAAGGAAUCGGGUCUGGUUUCCUUUUACACCCUUUUUUAUGUUUUUGUUUUUUUUACCAGAAUUAGCCGUGAGAAGUGCACACAGCUGGAUCACUUUGUGGCAUUCUCCUCGGUGAGUUGUGGAAGAGGAAAUGCUGGGCAGAGUAACUACGGUUUUGCCAACUCAACCAUGGAGCGGAUUUGUGAAAAGCGGCGCCAAGAUGGUCUGCCAGGUAAAAUAAAAUAGGAGACAAUGCAGUUGUUUAUGUUAUGAAGAGGAAGGAUGUAUUUGAUGUAUCUGAUGUGCUGAAGGACAGAUUAAAAAUAAAUAAUAUCUUAAUAUUAAUCAGAAAUUUGUUUCCAUAUAAAAAAGUGUAGUCACCUGACACCAGUCUCCUUCUCUACAAUCCAUUAUAUCUACUGGUAGAAAGGAAAACAGGUCCUGCUGUGUAUUGUGUUGGUUUCACUGUCAAGUUGCAUCACACUAAAGAUAGUAGCGGUAACACAACUCCAUCUAGUGGUGAGAAUACAUGAGUGCUGGACAGCUGAAAUCACACAACUCUUAGUUACACGAGAGACCACCAACAAGGAUCACGGAGUACUGAUUAGGGAAUACUACACUGCAAAGUUCAACCAUAGUAUGAAACCUGACAGCUGUCACACUAUUCAUGGCCUAGAAACGGUGUGGGUAUCAUUUCAGAGGAAUUAAUCACGCCUGGUUCUCACAGUUUGCUGAAUCAUCAACUAAACUAACUGGCCCCCAGGCUGAAGAGAAACAUUGUUCCAGUGCGAUUAUAUGGAAGAUAAUGUGCCAUGGAGUUGACUUGUUUUUCCCAGGCAACCAGAUAUCAAGGAGAACAUUGUGGCAGGGAAGGAGCCUGAAUGGAUGCCUGGCAUGGGAAUUAACCUUGUAUCUCCUGUACGCACAAAUAUCAAGUGAUACACUGUUGCAAAGGAAGUGCCUGGAAGGGAAUGGGGUGGGAUGGUCAACGCGCUUUCUAUCCCAGGCAAUGGGUUUCAAAGGACCCAUUGUGUGCAUGGGAAUGCACUUGUGGCCUGACCAGUUAACUCUAACUGAGCUCUCAUGAGCCAUACUACUAAAGUGGAGGGAAAGGGCAGGAGUAUUAGCAGUCCAUACAAUGGCUGUUUGGGAUGUUUAGGCCUGUAUACUCCACUCAAGUGUUUGUGUUAACAUAGAAAGAAUUAGGAGGUAGUUGCAUUACAGAGAGAAUGUGAAUUUCAAUAAUGAUGUUCUCCCAAGAACUGAAAUAGUUCAGCUGACUCAGCAGCGGGUACAUAGUGACCACGAGUGUCUCUUUCUCCCCAGGUUUGGCUGUGCAGUGGGGUGCCAUUGGUGACGUGGGAGUUGUUCUGGAGACCAUGGGUAGUAAUGACACAGUGAUUGGUGGCACAUUACCACAGAGAAUCAGCUCUUGUCUGGAAGUGCUGGACCAAUUCCUGAAUCAAUCACACCCAGUCAUGUCCAGCUUCGUUCUGGCCGAGAAAACCAUAUUCACAAAAACCAAAGGUGGCAGCCAGCAGGAUCUGGUGCAAGCUGUGGCUCACAUUUUGGGUAAGAUUUUAUUAUCAUUACAGAAUACAAACUUUUUGUAUGAUUUUUGCAUUAUUAAACACAUUCAAAACAAGAAUCUGAUAUUACUAUUGAUUUCCCCGGAAUUCCAUGCAGCAAUAUGCAAAUCAGCAUGCGCCAUGUGUCAUUUUAGAUUCUAGCUCACAUGUCUAAGUGUUCCUUUAGGCUCUUGGUAUAUACAUAGACUCUGGAUCCAAGAUAUGGAAUGUAAGAUAUGGGAAACUCUUCUAGAAAGUCCAAAGGAUUAUAAUAUAUGCCUUAAAUUACAUGCCUUUUCUUCUUAUUGUCAUUAUUUAAUUUUUUGAAUUCUAAGCUCUGGAAUUAAAUACAUUCCAUGGCAUUAAAAUGUCUGUUGGUUUAGUGCUUAUAGUACAGGUUAUAUGUUUGCUUCACAUGCUGGCUACCAAGGCUGAAUUUAAACGCUGUGUUUUAGGGGUCCGAGAUGUGAGUAGUUUAAAUCCAGAGACAUCACUGGCAGACUUGGGAUUGGAUUCUCUGAUGGGCGUUGAGGUUCGACAGACGUUAGAAAGGGAUUAUGAUAUUGUGAUGGCAAUGAGGGACGUUCGACAACUUACAAUCAACAAGCUGCGAGAACUCUCCUGCAAGCCUCCAACGACCGAAGGUGAGACUAUGUCUGUGAUGGUUAACCUGUGGUACGCCAAUUAACGUUGACCAUAUUUACUGUGAUGCUUAGCCAACUGUAUGACCAGACCCCCACAUCUAACAUGUAAACACUUGCAUCCAUAUUUAUAUUUUAGAACAAUAUUAAGUAAAUUGGCAACUAGUACAAAAUAUAUAUUUGUCAUUUCUUCUGUUAUUUUAAAGUAUGCCAGUUAGUUUAGGGGACACAACAAUAUGGGUAAUGUAAGCUAAGGAAUCGCGAGACACGUUACUGGUCCUUAAGGUAAGCCAGGUUUAAAUCAACUAUAACUGGUCAUCAUACAAAGCCAGAUCCGAACACCAACAGUACACUUGUACAUAGAAAUGUUUAACUGGGCUGCUAAAACUGCCAGUAGGAUCAGGACAGGAGUGGGGAUAUGGCUAGCAUAACCCAUCAUUUAGCUGACAUUCAGUCAAAAUUCAGUUGUGUGUAAAGAAUUAAAGGGACACUCCACUGCCUAAAUAAAAAAAUCACUGUUUUGUAGAUUAAUGCCAUGCAUGCAUUUAAGUAUAUAUUUUUUCAUUGGUAUAUCUAAAAACAGCUUGCAAAAGAUCUCUCUUGCCUGCUGCCUUUGCAAGCCCUCCCCUUCUAACCCUGCCCAAACUUUCUGUGUCUGUCCAAUCAAAGGCUUCCCAAUGCAGCUCAAUGAGAAGUCUUUGCAAGGCAAUGCUCUGGGAAAUUACUGCCUCUUGAGUUUAGCUCCACUGAGUUAACCAAACCAAUCAGGAAGUAACAGGAUCAGUUAUCUGAUUGACAGCCAGGAGGGUGUAAUUAGGUUAAUUUACAAAUGUGCUAUUUCCAUUGAAAUCUGAUCUUAUUAUAAAAAAAAUUAAAAAAAAUUUAAAAAAGAGAACACACUCUUCACACACAAGGCAUCUGGAGUAUUAGUGUGUUUGGGAUAAAACAAGCAAAUAUCUAUGGACGUAUUGUGUUGCUCUCAGUACAUGAAAAAUCUAAGGCAAUUGCAGUUUGUACCUAGAAUUUAUUCUUUAUACAAUAUACAAAUUCCCCAUGCAGCACGCAGAUAAGGGGUUUGGGAAAGAGAAGAGUGGCAGCCUUGGGUGUUCCACGUUAGCUGUGUUACCAAUUUAUUGUGUUGCUAUGUAUGUGUAUAACCUAAAGCUUUCUCUGCCAGUUCAUGUUCUAAGGGAUUCUCUUUGUUUGUUGUUUAGAGUCGAAGCCUUCCCAGAAGAUAUCUGGUCUGCCAGAACUCAAUAUCUUGGAUCUCAAUAACCUCUUGGUGAAUCCUCACGCUUCCACUGUUACUAAACUUAAUGAUGUGCAGAGCAGCGAGCGCCCUCUAUUUUUAGUUCACCCUAUAGAGGGAUCCACGGCCGCCUUUCACAGCUUGGCUUCCAGGCUCAGCAUACCCUGCUAUGGUCUGCAAUGUACUAAGGGUAAGGAAGGGGUUAUUACUCUGCGGGUUUGGAAAGCAAAGCUUAGGUUCUUAGUGUUAAAAAAAGAAAAUAUGGCUUAACAUUGACAGCAAAAUCUGAAUAUAAUUUUAGGGCUAAAUAGGAGUAUAUCUCAGCAUUUCAAAUGGCCAAAGCAGAACACUUUAAUCUUAGGAGGUGUGGCUAUUUGGGACAGUCCUGAGCUCCACUGAUUAGCUAAUCCAUAAAUCAGAGUAGGCAACCGUUGGCACUCCUGAUGUAAUGGACCACAUAAUGUUCUUGCAGCCAUACUAUUGGCAAAGCAUCAGGGGAGAUGUAGUCCACAACAUCUGGAGAGCUGAAGGUUGCCUACUCAUGCACUGGAUGGUACCCAGAUGUGUCGACAUUAAGAGCUGAUCUGUAGACGUGUAUAGGUGCCGAAAAGAACUUACACAAGCUAGGAGCAGAGAGAUAAAAUACACAAUAUUGGUUAAAGAGCAGAGAUAGGGAUGUUCGCUAAAUCAGGGAACAAUAAACAUUAUAAAUACUAUGGUUAGCGAAAUAACACUUUGCCCGAAGAGCUUACAAUCUACUUCAGCAACACAUAGCCAUGUGUAUAUAUUGGUAGCUGUGACAUGUCGGCUAAUGUCAUUAUAAUGUUUGCUUUGCAGCUGCCCCUCUGGAUAGUAUUCAUAGCCUGGCAUCUUACUAUACGCAGUGCAUAAAGCAGGUGCAGCCUGAAGGACCCUACCUCAUCGCUGGAUACUCUUUUGGGGCAUGCGUGGCGUUCGAAAUGUGCUCCCAGCUGCAGGCUCAGCGGGGUGGCUCUCAGCCGCCAGACAGCAUGUUCCUCUUUGAUGGGUCCCACUCAUACGUGGCAGCAUAUACUCAGGUAUUAGCAACAUCACUUGAUAUUGACCGUGUUAUAUAAUCAUGGGCAAAUAAAUUAUAGAAAUUAUAUCUGUAUAUAUGUUUUUAUAUCUCUAGUGUACCGUCUGUGCUGUCUGCAUGUUAGUGAAGUUAGUUUCUGACAGAGAGAAUUGUUGGACACGUAAAACUGACCUUUCCUCUAAAAGAGGCAGUCUAUGCACCAUAACCACUACAGCUCAGUGUUUUAUUACAGCUCAUUGUGUUAUUACAGCUCAGUGUGUUUUUGCAGCUCAUUGUAUUAUUACAGCUCAGUGUGUUAUUACAGCUCAGUGUAUUAUUACAGCUCAGUGUUUUAUUACAGCUCAUUGUGUUAUUACAGCUUAGUGUGUUAUUACAGCUCAGUGUGUUUUUGCAGCUCAUUGUAUUAUUACAGCUCAUUGUGUUAUUACAGCUCAAUGUAUUAUUACAGCUCAUUGUAUAAUCACAGGUCAUUGUAUUAUUACAGCUCAGUGUGUUUUUGCAGCUCAGUGUGUUAUUACAGCUCAGUGUAUUAUUACAGCUCGGUAUAUUAUUACAGCUCAUUAUAUUAUUACAGCUCAUUAUAUUAUUACAGCUCAGUGUGUUUUUACAGCUCAGUGUGUUAUUACAGCUCAGCGUAUUAUUACAGCUCAGUGUGUUAUUACAGCCCAUUAUAUUAUUACAGCUCAGUGUGUUAUUACAGCUCAUUGUAUUAUUACAGCUCGGUAUAUUAUUACAGCUCAGUGUGUUAUUAGUAAUAAUACAGUGAGCAGUAAUAAUACAAUAAGCUGAAAUAAUACAAUGAGCUGUAAUAACACACUGAGCUGUAUUGGUUAUGUUGCUCAGGCAUUGAUCUCUAGUUCACGACUGACAAGACUGUCUCCAUUUCCAGAGUUACCGUGCCAAAUUAACGCCAGGCAGUGACGCCGAAGCUGAAACUGAAGCGCUGUGCGCUUUUAUCCAGCAAUUUACUGGCAUGGAGUACAAUAAGGUAAAAAUUAUUCUGAACUCUCCCAAACCUUGAUAUUUUAGACUAGGCUGUCUGUUAAAAAUUAACCAUGAACUCUCUGCAGCUUUUGGAAGCUCUUCUACCCCAGAAGGACUUGGAGGCCAGGGUCAAUGCUGCCGUGGAACUAAUAAGAAACACCCACAAGAACAUCGAUCCAGAGGCUCUCAAUUUUGCAGCCUCUUCGUUCUACUACAAACUUAAAGCGGCAGACAUGUAUGUCCCUGUCGACAUGUACCACGGAAACAUUACGCUAUUGAGGGCGAAAACACGGAACGAUUAUGGCAAGGGGCUCGGAGCAGACUACAAGCUAUCAGAGGUUAGUUCCUAACGAGAUAUUAUAUAUUAGUUAAUGAUAGCAGUAUAGUUAAAGGUGAGAGGGAGAUAAAGAUUGGAUGAAAAAAAUGGCAUAUUGAGAGAUAUACAGUACAUACACGAGUAGAAAACUGAACUAUGUGAACGAGAGUGAAAAGUCGAGAUUGAGAUCCUUCGGCAGAAGAGCUAGACAUUUUUGAAACUAUACCUAGAGAAGGAUAGAACACAAUCACAAAUAGUUAUAGACUGACCAAGAGACAUUGGGAGGGGACGAUGCAGCACAAUGGGACAAGACUAGAACAGAUACAAUUUGUAAGAGAGCUGAUGGACAAUGAAAGGGGUACACAAAUUUGUAGUUGGACAGAAGAUUGAGAGAAACAAACAAAAGAUGAGCUGGGAUGGGAGAGGACAGGUUGACAGGUAAAAUAAAUGAAAAGCUACAGAGUAACUGGAUUGAGAACGAUUUAAGAGAUAACGGAGAGAUUGGGAGGAGGGAACCACGGUAUGGUAAGAAAAGGAGAAUGACAGGAUGACGGCCAUAAUUAAAUUCAUACAUGACAGCUCCUGUCAUGAUAAAACACUCUUACAUUUUAAAGGCUAUCUGGGCUGGUCCUUGUCACACAGACGCUGACUCUGGAACAGCCGUUUUUCAUCCGUGGCUGAUUGAUAGAAAGCCCAAACACUUUUACGCAAAUCGCAGCGGGAAUAAAUAUGUCAAUAAAUAAAGCCUUUUUUGGGGAGACUGAUCAUAUUUCUUCAGAGGAUUUAACAAUAUAUCCCAAAUGUUCUAUAAAAUCAUUGUAACGAACCAAUGUAAUGCCGAUGAAUUUAGAAAAUGUAUGUCAUGCAGGACAAAUAAUACUUUUUGGAUUUAACUAUUUCUAAUCAUUGCCUCUGUUUUGUUGCACAGGUGUGUGAUGGGAAAGUCUCUGUUCAUGUAAUAGAAGGGGAUCACCGCACCUUUUUAGAAGGAACCGGUGUUGAUACAAUCACCGGCAUCAUUCACAGCUCGUUAGCCGAACCUCGCACCAGUGUCAGGGAGGGCUAA